CUCACUCGCCCGGCUGCCUGGAGCGCGGUGGUGCCUCUGGAGCGCGCGGUUUUGUGGCUGUUUUUUUCCCGCCCCUCGCGAGGGAAGGAGGCGCCUCGUUGGAACUAAAAGCCUUUUCGUCCCGCCGCCUCUCCUCUCUCGUCGCCGCUGCCUGAGGGGAGAAAAGGCGAGGAGGAGGAGGAGGAGGAGAGGGGCUUUGCCAGGAUGGCGACGGUGGUGCUGGAAGCGGAGACGGAGCCGUCUUGUAGCCUCCCCAACGCGGUGCCCCCCUCGCCCAGCCUGUCGCACCGCUUUCUCGACAGCAAAUUCUACCUCCUGGUCGUUAUAGGCGAGCUGGUCACCGAGGAGCAUCUGAGGAGAGCCAUAGGCAAUAUCGAGCGAGGUAAGGCGGCGCCGCCAGGCAGCCCUCCUCCUUCCCUCCCUCCCUCCCUCUCCCUCAGGAGCCAGGCGAAGAGAUACUUCAGCUGCCGCCCUCCGUCUCUCCAGGGGCGGCCAGUCGGGUGGGGUGGGGAGGGAAAGGGUUGGAGAGGCGACCUACAGGUUGCGUGGCGCGAAAAGUCCCGGCUCCCGCAGCGAGAGGGGGUUUCUGCGCCAUCGCAGCCCCGGACUGUGCAGCUAACCUUGGCGCAGCCGCCUCCCCGUCGGAGCUGCUGCUCAUUGUGGUCUGAGGUUGAAAUCGGUGCGCGGUUUCACGGGGCUGACUUCAUGGUCCAGACAGAGAGAAGGUCGAGAAAGGGAAAAUUGAUGCAACCACUCCCUCUCCUCUCCCCCACCCCUGUGUGUGUGGGGGGGGGAGGGGGCGAGGAGGAUCCUCCGUCUAGAACUGCGGCUCUAGAGUUGGCAGCGAUCUCCAUCAGCCUCGGUUUCCUACCCAGCCUCUUCUGACUCCGUUUCAGACUCUUCUUGGAGUUGCAUUGCGCAUGGAUUGAAAGAAGCUGCAGCUGGAAUCGCGGAAGGGUGUGUUUUCUCCACUGGCUGGCUGCAGUUCUUGGGUGGAGGUGGCGCGCGGGGGGGGGGGUGGCGAGAUGGAAGAAAUGGCUCCCUUAUAAUUAAUGGCUUUGUUUUUAACCAUAGCUGACUUUGACAGCAAACCAACAAAACAACAACCCUAAAAUACAGUCAGAGAAAAGUUGAUUUCCCCACCACCACCACCACCGCCUUCUCUGUCGUGGUUGGGGAAGCUUGUACAACAUAUGCACUCAUCAAACAAGAGUCUCUAAAUCGGCUCCUGUCUUGCAAAGCAUGUAAGAAGGAGGCAUUGCAGGAAUCCAGUGGGGAUUUCUUUCUUGGGCAGGUGGGUGGGUGUCCAAGGUUGUGUGAAUCCCUCUCUGUCUCACUUGAUAGCGGUGCCUUGAGAUGCUCAUGACUCUUGAGAAUCCUGCAGCAGCAACAGAGUGGGGGGGGGGACAGGCUCUUUGCUCCCCCCCGCCCCCAAGAUCUGCAAUUCUGGCUUUUUGCAUUUAGCUGCGCCAAUUGGCACAAGAAGGUGGGAAGGGGAUAUCACCCCUCCUCCCAUCCUCUAAAAGCAGUUGAUCUGGAGUUUGCGCCACUUUUUCCUUCUGUGAGUCAUUCCGCCUUCUCGCUCCCAGCAUUGUCAUUAGACACCCUCCCCAACUAGCUGGGCAGAGCAGAGGUCGUUCAGGUCUUUUGCAGAGCCAGCAACAGUCCCUCCUUUGCUUUCUCUUUCUCGCCUCUUGGUGCUGCUGCUGGGGAGUCUGCCCAGAGAUACCGGCUUGUGGGCGUGGUGCAGUCCGCAGUGCGGUCCCUAUGGCAGCCCAUAGCGGACAAAGGGCGUUUACACAGUCAAGGAGAAAAAGAAAAAUGCAUUAAAUAAGCAUCGGAAAGUAGACAGGCUUUGCUGCCUGCAAAUUGAAGCAAAAAAGAUUUGGAGAUCUCUUGUGCUGCAAAAGGUGCAGCUCCUGACAAGAGAUGCUGCUGCAUCUUCCUUUGUUUCUAACUUUAAGCCAUAAGUAUUCUGGGGUUUGUUUCAGGAACCUUAGAACAAAACUCAGACUUCAGAAAGAUUUUUCCCCAAGAAAAACAACAGUAACAAUAAAGUACAGAAGCUCUGGUUAUAAAAUAUUGAGCACUUUUCCUGUUAAAUCUUGUCAUUGCCCAGCUAUAGAACUGUAUUGUUAACUUUUAUUUUAUAAAAGUCACAUUGGAAUACUGGCCGAAACAAGUGGAUUUCUUAUAGAUGAUCUUAAAUAUAAUGCUCUGCAUUCUGGGGGAUGCAGUUGUGCACUGCAAAUGGGAUAAAUGAUACACAAGUGUUAAAAGGCAGUAUUCAUAGGUUUCAUACAAGUCCUUAGUAAUAUUAAGUUUUUGAGCAAAUGCAUUUCUUUUUUUAGUGGGUUUUGUCUUUAUCUGGGAAAGAACAAGGGAUUUCAGGAGUCUGCCAUUUUCGAAGAACCCUUAGGCAGUGCCUUGAUUACAUUCUUGCUAUAUAGGUGUGGUUCAGCAGAUGGAGGGGCUCCAGUUGGUUCCUAUUGUUGCUUCACUCCCUACAAGUGGUUCGAAUCCAUAAUUUCUUUGUGCAUCUUUUCUCAAAUCCACAUUGUAGUGAAGACGGGACUGCCUGCAUUGGUGGCUAUUUUUAUAAAUUGACCUGUUUUAUCUGACACUUGCACAGAAUGAAAGUCUUUGUUUUAGACUGCUCUGGUUAUUUUCUUUUUAGCUUUAUCUGAAGUUUUAGCUUAAGCCUGAACUAGCUGUUACUUACUUAAAGUUAUUAAUAAUUGAUAUAGUAAAUGGAUGUGUGUUGUGCUCUCAAGGCAUCUGAUGCCAACUUGCUCACAUCCCCCCAGAAGAAAUAAGUUCUGUUCCUGCACCAUUCCCCCCCCCCCCCAUUUGCUUUAUUGUUUGGUUGUAGCUCCUUAGAAACAAUGCCUACUUUUAAAAAGGUGGAUUAUAAAUUGAGAGCAAUACAUGCUAUUUUUAGAAAUCCAGGGUCUCUCUUAUUAAUGAUUUUAUGCUGAACCUGGUUUGGGGAAGAAUGCAGAUUUUUCUUUUUCUGUGGAUCAUGAUUAUAUAGUUAAUGAGUGGACAUAUUAAGUUCUCACUUGAAGUCUGCAUUCCCAACAAGGGCAUCAGUAUUUCAGAUAACUUACCUGUGCUCUCAGUUUUGUGCCUUGGGCUCCACCCUUGAAGAUGCUGGAUUAAUGAGACUCACUGCAGAGAAAUCUGAGAAGACUUCAUGUACUGAUGACUUAUUAAAGGUUGAUCCUGAAUGAUCUGGAGGAUGAAGAUUUGGUUUUUGUUCUAAAUAUUGUCAAGAGGGACUUGGUACAGCAUCAUUUAAUAAUCUCCAUAAGCUAUUUGUUUUAAUUCACUGGCUACCCUUUUUCAAUACUUAAAAGACGGACUCUAGGAUCUGUAAGAAACUCAAGAUUUGUGGGUGUGCCCUGGUUGCUAAUGGAGGGGGGGUCUGCUGUAAGGCCUUCUACUCUUCUCACAGAAGAAAAUAACUUGAUCUCAAUUGGAAUUCCAUUGGUCACUCACAUUAAUAACAGCAGACUAUCUAUAUAUAUUUUUCCAGAUUUCCCCUGUAUUAGUGAAUUUUGUGUUGUGUUUCUGUCAUGUUUCUGUCAGAACUGCUGAAUCAUUGAGGAUGACUGGCAAUGGAUUGUUGAUAAGUUACUACGUUUUAUUUUCAAGACAUAGUCCUGGCUUUGAUCCACACAAUUCCCAGUUUGCUUCAACGAUACUGCAUGAUAUACAAAUGAUAUAUGGCUGGAGUUUAUUUUUAAACAGCAGAAGGCAAAUCACUCAGUUUGGCUACCUAAUGCUUUGUGCUGUGAUGGCCCAUCUUCAAGUGGUCUGAUCAUGAAUGAUCAUUGCAAGUAUGACCCCCACAAGAAUAUAUAUAUAUAUAUAUAUAUAUAUAUAUAUAUAUAUAUAUAUAUAUAUACCUCAAUUCAAUCUUAACCACAUGACAAAUGAUACUGAAUGUUGCUCACAAUGAAAUGCUUGUGAUAUCUGGAGACCAUGAAAUAUGAACACUGUAUUAUUAUGUUGCAUUAAACAAAUUCUGAAUAUACUCUAUGGAAGAGCAGUAAAAAUCUGCAAGGAAAUGAAGGUCAGAUUCAAAACAGAAAUCAUAUCUGUAUUUCUACACUAAGCAACUGGGUCAAAACAUCCUCUCUUUGAUGUUUCCCUGUACUGGAUUGAACAAAGAACUGUCACAAAGUAAUACUAUUUCUUUUUGUUACUUUUGAAUCUCUGGCUGUAUACAAUGACACUGAGAAUAAAUGUCAUUGAAAACUAUCUGCUUGGUGAAGUUUUUCAUCCUCUUGUUGACUUUGAGGGGGGCUAUAUGCAUAACUGUGUAGGAUUGCAGCUUUAUUCGAACCUUCAAGUGUAAGGCACAGUUUAAAAGGUAAAGGUAAAGGUAUCCCUGACCAUAAGGUCCAGUCACGGACGAUUCUGGGGUUGCGUGCUCAUCUCGCUUUACUGGCCGAGGGAGCCGGCGUACAGCUUCCAGGUCAUGUGGCCAGCAUGACUAAGCCGCUUCUGGCGAACCAGAGCAGCGCACGGAAACGCUGUUUACCUUCCCGCUGGAGCGGUACCUAUUUAUCUACUUGCACUUUGACGUGCUUUUGAACUGCUAGGUUGGUAGGAGCAGGGACCGAGCAACAGGAGCUCACCCCAUCGUGGGGAUUCGAACCGCCAACCUUCUGAUCGGCAAGCCCUAGGUUCUGUGGUUUAGAUCACAGCGCCACCCGCGUCCCCUAAGGCAUGGUUUACACAUGGCAUAUUCAUCAGCCACUAAGUAUGGAAGAAAUAGGUGAUAUGCAUGUGUGAUACAGGUCACAGAUCAGUAAGCUCAGGAUUCUUGGUCUCUGGGAUGGAGAGUAUGAUUAUUGCUUUCAGUGCAAGAAAUCCUAGGCUCUGUUCCUGGACAUAUCCUGGGCACCACACCUUUCAGGGAUUUUUUCUUUCUUUAGGGGAAGGAUUGUAGUUUGGUGGUACAGCAGAUGUUUUGUGAACAAAUGUCGUAUGUCUAAUCUGUAGCAUCUCUAGUUGAAAUUGGAUAAGCAAGCACGCAGACAGUUCUGGGUUAGAAGGACAAAUAGUUUGACCUAGUAUUAUCUAUAUUCCUAUUGCAGGCUCAAUCUUCCUUUCUCCUUAUACUUUUCAGUGGAGACAGUUUUGUAUUUGGUUGAGGAAGAUGUUAUGAGUCAGUUCAAAGUGUGAAUCUGCCUAUUCCCCCUUUCUGGACUCUGACACUAGUGGUCAUUACUGAAUCUUGGAAGUUUCCACAAAGAACAGGGAUGAAGGUCCAUUCUAAUUUAAAUGAUGUAGGCUUUUCAGCAAAAAUUGAAUUUAGAAACUCCAGUGCCCUAAAUGGUUGGGAACAUGAUUUAGCUUACAUGACUGACACAUUUAGUAAACAUAUCCAACAAAAAUACAGCAGAUUAAUUUUUCAUCCUAUAUAAAUCUCAUAAGUUUUUGCAACAGCCAGAUAGUGACUCAUCAGGGAUUAUCAGCAAAUUUCAUUAAGUAUUUCUUUCCAUCUAAAACACAUCUGUAAGUAUUUCAGUAUGCCUCAAAGUUUGUUUAACCAUUGUAUGUAACACUUAUGGAGAGUUCGAGAGCAUAUAUAUGCACUUAAAAUAUAUAUGCAUUUAUAUCUAGCAUUUUUAAUCUAUCUGACAAGCUGAUUGUUUUAAAACUAGAUAAGGACUGUGUGAAAAUUGUCUAAGACAUCCCCUCCUUUCUUUGCCAAGAUCAUUUGCAACAGAAGGAUCAAGCAACUGUGAAUGUCAUUGGUGGUACAGAAUCACCAUUGGAGUGACUAUAUUACUGCACAUAAAAUAACCGCUACUCCCAAAAAACGGUAUUAAGAAGAAAACUAGACUUUCUUUUUUCCCCUAGUGAGAUUUUGUUGCUAUUGCAAGCAUUUUGAAUUUAAAUGCUAGAAUUUAAAACUGCUCUCACAUAACUUUUAAAAGCUUUAUAUGAUUAGCUAGGUCCCUUGAAAUGAUGUCUCCUUAGCCACAUCAUGGUACAUUUCUUUAAUAUAAACAAUGAUAAAAUCUCAACGUUGGGACAGAAGUAAAGUUCCAACUAGCAGUAUUCACCCAUUCUAAUAUUACUGUGCUGUAAAGCUCACCUAUUUUUAGAAAACCAUUCCAUGGUUUCAAGCUCCAUAUAUUAAAUGAGGGAUGAUAAACUUGUGGUCCUCCAGAUGCUGUUGAACCCAAACUCCCACCAACCCAUCUGGCAUAGCCAGUGGUUGUGUUUUAUGGGAGUUGUACUCCAACAAUAUCAGUAGGUUCACAGGAUCCCCAUUCUCAUAUUAAAUGCUUCUUAUGCACAUGUUUACACAAGUGUAUAAGCACAGUCUUCUAGACUCCACUUCUUCUUUUUUUUAACAUCAGACAAACAAUUUAACCAUUCAGAGUUUCUUUAACUUUCUUCUAUACUUUGGUUUUGUUUUGACUUCCUCCAUCAGAAAACAGGCAAGUGACCUUUUGAAAUAUGACAUAGCAACUAGUUUGGACUUGCUUUUCAAAACAUCUCUGCUUAUUCUGCCAUGUAGAACUACUGCUUGCAGGCUUUUUUAAAUAUAUAGUCACGAUCCUAAAACUGUCUUGGAUUAUUAUGUGCAUUUAACAUUUAGUAUUUGUGUCUUGUAGAGCCCUGUAUCAUAGGGAAGCCUUUCCCAAGCAAACAGUAAAAUUCUGUUCUUUUUAUUUUUUAAAGUGCACUUCGGUUUAAAAGUUUUAGUGCAGCACAUUAAUCUGGGGGUGAGUGAACAUCUACAUCAGGAAUAAGAGGGAAAUAAAUAUCUAAAUUGGGAUCUACUGCCCCUUUGGAUCCUGCCGCCUCACCUCAUAGGUGGAUUUAGGUGAGCACGACCUGUUUGGUCAUACUGGGUGUGUUGCCAUAGGGGCACCACAACUGUUAUGUAGAAUGGAAGGUGAGAGGCAGUGGGGGGCACCUAAUUUUGGUAUUGCACAGGGUGCCACUGAAAUUUGAAACCCCAAGGUCUGCAACUGCUCACCUGACCUCCUGGAUGGGCUGGUCCGGAUGGUAUGUACAGGAGAGAUUGGAGUCCUACAAAGGGAAAAGUGAGCGAUUUCUUCACUAGAAAAAGAGGGCCUCAUACAUACAGGCCUCAAACAAAGACUAGCAUCCACUGAUGUGAUUGCCUGCAUAAAGAAAGUUGUGAGGCUUUGGGCUUGUCACAAGUUGCCACAGAGUCUGGAUCUGAGAUGGAAAUGAGGGCUAAAGCCAGAAAACAUGGAUGGAGGGCUAGGGAUGAGGUACCAGAUCAGAGUCAGGGAUGAGAGUUUUAGUCGCACACAGGAUGGAAGUCAAAUUCACCUUACUUCACUUCAUCAAAUAUAAUGAUGGAGUGGAGCAAGGUGAAGCAGUGCAGGCUGAGGCAAAGCAAGUGCAAAGGAUAGAAAAGCAGGUGUGCUACCCAAUGGAAUGACUUAAGACUGCCUAAUAAUAAUAAUAUAAUUUAUUUAUACCCCGCCCAUCUGGCUGGGUUUCCCCAGCCACUCUGGGCGGCUUCCAACAGAAUAUUAAAAUACAAUAAUCUAUUAAACAUUAAAAGCUUCCCUAAACAAGACUGCCAAACCAGCCUAGAAGGAGCUGUCAGGCUGUGGCGCUAGUUGACAGUGUUCAGGCUACUACUUACAGCCCUAUGGUGCCUGGUCUUGUCUGUCUGUCUGUCUGCCUGCCUGCCUGCCCGUCUGUCUGUCUGAUAGUACUGGUGCAGGAAAUAGGCUGGUUGCCAGGGGGGGGCCCAUUCAAAACACUCCCUGUCCACCAACCCCAGGCACUUUUGCUUGGGAAUCAAAUAGCUAGCUAGCUGAAGGCCCUCUUCCAAGCACAAACUAUGUAACCCAACAAUCCCAUUUAUCAUGGAAAGCCCAGAACAAAAGGGUAGAUUGGCACACUGGUGUACUUGCUAUUACUGCUACUAUUUAUAGCACUAUGGUUCAUGCUUUUCUUUGUAACUGCAGUGUGGUUAACAAGAGUUUGACAAGGUUGCUGUUGUGAGAAGAAAUGAAAAAUAAAGUUCCUUCUUGUGAUAGGAAUUUGGAUUUUGAGUCAUAUGGGUAAUAAAUGAAAGUGUGAAAGACAACCAACUAAAUGUGGCCUAUUCAAAAUUAGUUGCCCCUUUUUGAGUUUUAGCCACACUUUCAUAUAUGGCUAAAGACUAAUAAAUGAAUUUCACUCUUCCAUUGUGUUUAUACAUAAAGAAGUGGGCAAUGUAAUUCAAGUUAGUGAUUAUGAGGAAAGAAAUGUGGUCUCAGCUGACACUAGAUACCCUAAAUCCAAUGUACACUUUCAAAGUAAAUCAGAAUAACAGAUUUGUCCAUUGUAUUGUAUCUGCAAUCAGUAUUUUUCAAUGAGGGAAGUUUUGUAUUUUGUAUGUUACAUGUUAUUUAAGCUGCAUAAGCAAAGUUUCAGGUGCAUAAGCAAAAUUAAUUUACUGAAUUUACUGAAAAUAAAAUAUUGCAAAAAAAGUUACUAGGAAGAAAUUACAAGAAUUUUAUGCAUGCAGAAUGAGUAAAAAAACCCCAAACCCAUUCCAAAGUAGCUAUGUUGUAAAUAGGUUUGAAAAUAUUAUCAGUUGUCACCCAGUAAUCCUGCUACAUAAUAACCAAACUAGUAACAGUUCUUAAAGUUGUGUUUACAAGGCCUUGAGCAGAAAUUCAUUCAACAACUGCUGUACUGUAUUCAGAAGAACUAGAAAAUGCUUAGCAUGGUGAUGGAUGGGUCCUGGAAAAUGAGAGCAGAUAAUUUAUUUAUUUUUAAACACCAUGUGGCUUUUAAGAACAUAGAGUAUUCAGAUAGGGCACAGAUUUUAUUAAAAGAAAAUUCAGAAAUACGCAAUCUGUUUGUAUCCAAUAAUUACAUGUAUUUUAUUUAUCUUGAUUUUUAGGCAUCCGGUCAUGGGACACAAACCUUAUUGAAUGCAACUUGGAUCAAGAACUUAAGCUUUUUGUGUCUCGCCAUUCGGCUCGAUUCUCUCCAGAUGUGCGGGGUAGGUUUUAUUUUUCUGUCUUUACCCAUAAACAGCAUAAAAGAAUGUAGAAAUACUUACUGGCAUAAUGGAGAAUGAUUUCAGUUUAAUUCAUUAAACUAUUAUUUCCCCCUAUGGCAAAACAAGCCUUUUGGAUAAUGUGUGUUCAUGUAGGUAGAAUUAUUCGUGGCUCUUCUGUUAAAAAUAACACCACACAGUGGAUAUAAACAUGGGAUCACAGCCAUAGUCUGUAAUUCAAACAUGCUUGCAAGGAAGUAAGUCUCAUUGAACUCAGGGGGAUUUAAUUCCCUGGAAAUAUUCCUAGUUGGCCAAAAAGCCUUGUAAACAUCUAUGCUGUGUAUCAUAUUUUGCACAUGGGUUCUGUUUCUGGACAAACAUUUUUGCAGAGUUCUACAUUUUCCUCAUAUACUCCCUUCUGUGCAAUAAUAGUGCAAAGAAAGCCCCACUGAAUUGAAUGGUGCUUACUCUCAGGUAACUGGGGUUAGCACUUUCGCCUAAACUGUAACUCUGCAUAUCAGUUACAUUUAAAAUAAUUGUAACUUUGCCAUAUUAGUUACAUUUAAUUGGGCAGAGUGCUUAAGUGGUUAUAGAUUGACAUGGAAAUUUGAAUAAGCAAAUAGUACUUAAUGGGCAUCCAAGGCAUUAGCAUUUUUUUGCUGCUGCAUCAUGUUAGGCUUGUGGUCUGCUAAGACUCCUAGAUCAUUUACACAUGUACUCAGGUGUCCUCCAUCUUAUAUUUGUGCAGCUGGUUCUUCCUGCCCAAGUGUAGAACCUUACAUUUGUCCCUAUUGAAAUUCAUUUUGUUAGUUUGGGCCCUGAUAUAAAUAUAAAUUAAACACAUUCUGGGAGAGAGAGAGAGAGAGAGAGAGAAGGAGAAGGUUCAGUCUCAAAUCGGCUCUUCUGCAUUCCAUUCCUUUCCUGAUCCAGUUCUCUUCAUAAGACUCCUGUAAGGAGGGAAAGUGUUGUGUUAAGUGGCUAACACUUACCUGGGUUGUCUAUAUGCUCAGGUUUAUAAAUAAAAUGCUAGCAAGUCUUCACUCACACUCAGGAUAACAUUUAGUAACUCUUAAGUCUACCCAUGGAGCUUAGUGAACCUGCCCGUAAGCUGAAGUGACCUUCUGAAAGGUCCUGCCAAAACCUUUAGGAAUAUGACUCCCUUGUUGGAAAGUGUUGGGGUGUUUAUCAAGCUGAACUUGCUUGUUUUGGUCUAGUCCAGGCAUGGCCAAACUUGGCCCUCCAGAUGUUUUGGGACUACAACUCCCAUCAUCCCUAGCUAACAGGACCAGUGGUCAGGGAUGAUGGGAAUUGUAGUUCCAAAACAUCUGGAGGGCCAAGUUUGGCCAUGCCUGGACUCUAGUCCCACUUAGUUAGGGGUAGAGCAAUCAUAACCCCUGAUACACAUUGCUGAAAAGGAAUUAUUGGGGUGCUGGCUUCAUUGCUGCAGUUGUCCCUGCUGCACCUGCUUAAAGUGUGGUGAUGUUACUGCUGACAGCGUCAAUCCCUGCAGCAGCUGUCAUAAGACCUCAAAAGCAGAUAUUUUAGGACAGGGUGGUGGUGUGCUGUGGUGCUGACUCUGUUUGAUUCAAAGGUGUUCCAUACCUGAGGAGGAGAUGAAUCCAGGCUGCUAUGCUAGUCUGUAGCUGGCAGGGCAAAAGACAAAGCUUGAUCCAGUCAGUGGAGGAGCCUGCUGCUCCAUUCUACCCCAGCCUUGGAUUAGGACUGUUCUCCUAGUCACAAUGAAUUAGUGCCAGUGUACACAUGCAGCAGAAUUAGGCAGUAGAAAUGGGCUGCGUUGCUUCAGGCAGUGGUCUUCCCUUUCAAAAUAAUCUUCAGAAUUAUUUUAGAUAUACUUCCUGCUGCGUAGACUUUCUACUUGCAGGAGAUUUCUUUAAUGUAGGGAAGUCUGCUCCUGAAGUCUGAAGAGGUAGAGUCAUUUCUACCAUCUUAGUCUGUUAUAUGCAUAGACUUCAGCCUUACUCUUAGAGGUGACCUGUUCAGGUAAGGAUCAACACAGAAUACUUUGGUGGGAGGAAAAACAGCCUCUCUGUAACUGUAGAACUUGAACAAAAACUUAUUGUCUUACAAAAAAUAAGUAGCAAUAUAGGCAAGCUUAUAAUGAGCUACUUCCUGGAUCCUGUAGAAUGCUAGGACUGGCUAUCACCAAUAACAUUCUUAUUAUUCUUUUCUGUCUUGCACUGCAUAGUAUUCUGGACUGGCCUGGAUCCAUCCUAAGGAUAUAUAUGGUGACAACGCCAAAUUUAGGAUUAGGUUUUAAGAAACACCACAUGGUUGGUUCAAAGCUAUAUGCCUUUCUGCUCAGUGGGAAGCUAAUGUACAAAGGGUUUGUCUCCUUUCAGAUUCCAUGCUAGUUGUAUAGCGCAUAUACUGUAGUAGAAUUGGGAAGUACCUUCAGAUGUGGAGCUCAGUGUAUACUUCUAAGGAUCCAGGUGUGUGCAUUGAAGCCACCGGAUUGGAUGUGAAAUUGGAGAAAUCACUGCAGCAAAUGUCUCACUUUGAUCAAAGGCUGUUAAGUCUCUUAACGUGGCCAGUGUGUUUGAUAGCUUCAUUCAAGAACUAAAAUAAUGCAAAUCCUCCUUUUCAAAUGAAUAAAGCAGGAUUAUAUUAUCUUUUGAAUGGAAAGAUUUGGUGUGCGCUAGGAAAUAUUUUCCAGGAACAAUAUUUUUGGUCUAGACUUGUACGCUUAAUCUGCCAUUGUGUCGGAUUACAGUUUAAUUGCAUGUGACUAAUUCAUCACCACCUUUAUGGCGUGCAGUUGUGGAUAUGUUUCAUGAACUGCAAUAUUUGAACAAAAUGCUGGAAAGCAAUGUUCCAGGCGUGGAAAGCAAUCUGUCUUAAACCUGAAACCCCUAAGAAUUACUUUAAAAAAAACACAACAAGGUUCAUUUUCAAGACACUAAAAAUUACCAUUAUAGGAUGCAUCUGUGUUUAUCCUAGCUGCAUAGUUAGAAAUGCAGUCUGCCUUGUACAUUUGCCCAUUUCAUUGUCUCUGUGGGCCUUUGUUCUUCCAUUCCUUACAAUGCCAAGCCAAGGAUGCUUCUGUGACCGUAGUCACAAUAGGCAGUGAAACCCUGUAAGAUGGAGGCACCUAAGCCUCAUGAUACACAAAGUAGAGUUUCACUUCACGAGAUUAUAGUACCCUUGCUGUUUAAGACGAACUGAAGUUAAACAACAAAUUUUGCAUUGGUGUCUGCAUUGUGUAUUUUAUGUUAAACAAAUGAGAUGUCUAAUUAAUGGUUGCUAUGACAACAAAGAAACCCAAAUGUCAUAAUGCAGUGGUAAGCAGCUUGUUCAGGGAACGGAGUCAGUGUGAUGCUUCCAUUUGCAGCAGAAGGGCAAAAAGGAUGCCUACCACAAUAAAUGCAGUCUUGCUGUAUCCAACCCAUGCCCCAUGUUCCAUCCUUGAAAGUGUCCAAGAGCAGAAACGACAAGGGAAAAGAACUGAUGAAGGAUUAAUGGAGAAUUAAACCAAUGUUCAUGGUGGAAUCCAGCUGAUGCCAAUGGAAAGGGCUUUUGAUGUAGCAUACAUAUCUAAUAACAGAAGAGGAGUAGGGGGCAUUUGCCAAUUCACUUUUUUCUCUACAACCCUUCUACCUUGUUUGGUGAAUUCCUCAACUCUCUGGAGUCUAUUUUUAGAUUGUGCUGGGGGUUUCAAGGGAAAUCAGAAAAGGCCUCCCUUCUUCUGUUAAAGGAGGUAUCCAAAGGAACAAAAGCCCUUCAGUGAGCAUAAGUGCAUCAACUGGCUUCUACCCCCAUGUUUUUACCAAUCUGUUUCACGAUACCUUGAAAGGAGGAGGUAUAAUUGCAGUUCUAUACACAUUUACUUGGAGAGUAAGUCCUGUUGAAUUCAGUGAGGCUUAUAUGUUGAAGUCAUCAAUAUUCCAAUAUUAAUUCUUUGAUUAAUGUAUUUAUACCCUUUCAUUAUCCCACAACACUAUGUUUCAAAGAACACUUUCUUAAUUAUUAGCAGGCAUUUCCAUGUUAAACUUUAAGCUUUGUUUGCUCUCUACUUCUAAUAUUACAUGGAGUGAUGAACCGAUUAGGAAUGGAGACUGCACAAGCCUGAGUUGUAACUGAAUGGCCAUUUCAGUCUUAAUACUUGUGCUGCUUCACAACUGGAUAGUUGUGGCAUGCUAGUAUUCACGGGCUAAGCAUUUGAUCUUGUGUACUUUUCAUUUUAACUCCUUAAAAUAAAUCACAAAGCAUGUGCAUGCCACUGGAUUAUCGGACACGGUGUAUUUUAACAUAAUAGGGAAAUAUUGGGUGUAGUUCAAGCAGUGCUGGUUUCCAUCCAGUUUCAUUAGUAUACUCACAAGGUGCAUGUGGAAGUCUGUGCAGAAUAGAGAGCUGCAACCACUGGAAUGUAGUGAGAACAGCUGUGCAUUCCAAAGAGGUUUUAUGUUUUAUAGCAGUGGAUAGGAAGGAGUAGCUGCAAGCAUAGAGCUGUAGUUAUUUACCUUCCUUUUCCUCCAUUCCUUGCAAUGGUUUGUUCUCUGCCAGCUGACUUGGAGCACUGUGAAGCAAUAUUGUGAAAUAAUGGUUUAAAUGCAUUCCAGCUUUGUCAUCUUGCUUUGCGAAAACAUUUAACAUUUUCGAAGGAUAGCUAGCAUGCAUUGCUAUGAAUCUGCCCACUUACUGCAUCCAACAUUUGAGACUCUGCUUUGUGUUCUGGCAGUUUUAGAGGGGUGACUGGAAGGUACACAAGAACAUUUGUGGCUCCCAGACUGUGGAUCACCCUCCUCUGGGAGGUUUGGUUGGAUCCCUCUCUUAUGACCAUCACCAGAUCUAUUGUUGACCUUCUUUUUUUUUUAUUUGAUAGCUUCUGAACUUCUCUUCCCUUUGCGGUCAUUUUUGUUUUGUUAUGCUGACUUGCAUCUACAGUGGUACCUCAGGUUACAUACGCUUCAGGUUACAUAAGCUUCAGGUUACAGACUCUGCUAACCCAGAAAUAGUGCUUCAGGUUAAGAACUUUGCUUCAGGAUGAGAACAGAAAUUAUGCUCCGGUGGAGCGGCAGCAGCAGGAGGCCCCAUUAGCUAAAGUGGUGCUUCAGGUUAAGAACAGUUUCAGGUUAAGAAUGGACCUCAGGAAUGAAUUAAGUACUUUUUUUUUUUUUUAAAGCAAUUUAUUGGGUUUUACAAUAAAAAUAAACAUAUUAAACAAUAUGACCUUUGUCUUGACAUAAUUUCACAUUUUCUUUGGACUUCCUCACAUCUCCCGCUCCCACUUUCAUCGUUAUAACAUUUUGUCAGCAAUUUAUCAUCUUAUUUAAAUUCUUAUAUCGCUUCUAUAUUUCAUAAUCUUAUAAUUUUCAAAGGGAAUUAAAUUUUCACAGUCUUACUUAUUUUCAUAGAAAACUUCUAAAUUUAGUGGUGCUCAGUUAUUUUGGUCUAGCAUCUUAUUUAGCAUUCACUCAAAUUGCAAUAUUUUUGUAAAUAGUUCUUGAAUUUCUUCCAAUCCUCCUCAAUCCUUUCUUCUCCCAGGUCACGGAUUCUGCCGGUCAUUUCAGCCAGUUCCAUGUAGUCUAUCAGUUGCAUCUGCCAUUCUUCCAGUGUGGGUAGAUCUUGAGUUUUCCAAUGUUUUGCAAGAAGUAUCCUUGCUGCUGUUGUUGCAUACAUAAAAAUGUCUGAUCCUUCCUUGCCACCCCUUGGCCGACAAUACCCAAAAGGAAAGCCUCUGGUUUCUUAGUGAAGGUAUAUUUAAAUACCUUUUUCAAUUCGUUAUAAAUCAUCUCCCAGAACGCCUUCACUUUAGGGCAAGUCCACCAGAGGUGGAAGAACGUUCCCUCAGACUCUUUACAUUUCCAACACUUAUUAUCAGACAGGUGGUAAAUUUUUGCAAGUUUGACUGGGGUCAUAUACCAUCUAUAAAUCAUUUUCAUUACAUUUUCUUUCAGAGCGUUACAUGCAGUAAACUUCAAUCCAUUACUCCACAACCUUUCCCAGUCCUCAAACAUAAUAUUAUACCCAAUAUCCUGUGCCCACCUUAUCAUAGCCGAUUUAACCGUUUCAUCUUGUGUAUUCCAUUCCAGCAGCAAGUUAUACAUCCUUGAAAGUACCUUAAUCUUUGGUUCUAACAAUUCUGUUUCUAGUUUCGAUUUCUCCACCUGGAACCCUAAUUUCUUAUCAUUUUUAAAAACUUCUUUAAUCUGAGCGUAAUGUAACCAAUCUCGCACUUUAUCUUUCAUUUUCUCCAAACUCUGCAAUUUCCAAUUGUCUCCAUCCUUUUCUAAUAUUUCCCAAUAUUUUGGCCAUUUAGCCUCCAUAUUGGGUCUUUUUCGGGCCUUAGCUUCCAAAGGUGAAAGCCACCUUGGUGUUUUAUUUUCCAGCAAGUCUUUAUAUUUUGUCCAGACAUUAAACAGUGAUUUUCUGACAAUAUGGUUCUUGAAGGCCUUAUUUGCUUUAACUUUGUCAUACCAUAAAUAUGCAUGCCAUCCAAAAACAUUGUUAAACCCUUCCAGAUCUAACACAUCAGUGUCUUCAAGAAGUAGCCAGUCUUUUAGCCAGCAGAACGCUGCGGCUUCAUAAUACAACUUUAAGUCUGGCAGGGCAAAGCCCUCUUUGUUUUGCAUCAGUUAAUAUCUUAAACUUAAUUCUGGGCUUUUGCCCUGCCAGACAAACUUAGAAAUGUCUCUCUGCCACUUCUGAAAGCACUCCAUUUUGUCCAAAACCUGAAGUGUCUGAAAUAAAAACAACAUCCUUGGCAAUACAUUCAUCUUAAUAGCAGCAAUUCGGCCUAACAAAGAAAGUUUCAAUUUUGACCAACUAUCUAAGUCUCUUUUAAUUUCUGUCCAGCAUUUUUCAUAAUUGUCCUUAAAUAGACUUAGAUUUUUUGCUGUUAUGUUUACCCCUAGGUAUUUUACUUUUUUAACCACAUUGAGUUCCGUCUCAUUCUGAAACCGUUCUGACUCUGUAUCAGUCAAAUUUUUCCCCAAAACCUUAGUUUUCUGUUUAUUUAAUUUAAAUCCAGCCACCCGACCAAAAUCAUUAAUCAAUUGUAAUACUCUUUUCGUACUGGGCUCUGGCUUCUGCAGGGUCAAAACCAGGUCAUCUGCAAAAGCUUUUAGUUUAUAUUGUUUCUGACCGACCUGAAUUCCUUCCACCAACCGAUCCCCUCUAAUCAUGUUCAAUAGCACUUCCAGAACCGAAAUGAAUAACAAAGGGGAGAUAGGGCAACCUUGUCGUGUCCCUUUUUCAAUUUUGAACUCUUCUGUGACCACAUUAUUAACUAUCAGUUUAGCUUUCUGUUCUGAAUAUAUCGCCUCAAUCCCAUUCUCAAAACCCCGUCCCACUCCCAUCUCUUUUAAAUUUCCCAUCAUAAAUUUCCAGGAGAUAUUGUCAAAGGCCUUCUCCGCAUCUAUGAAAAUUAAAACUGCUUUUGUAUUUAUAUCUGUUUGCAGAAGUUCCAAAAUGUCAAUAAUGUUCCUUGUAUUGGCAAACAGAUGUCUACCUGGGAGAAAACCGGCCUGGUCCUUAUGAAUUACUUCAUUUAAGACUUUUUUAAAUCUACUUGCCAAAAUAUCUGCAAAUAUUUUGUAAUCCACAUUUAAAAGGGAGAUGGGGCGGUAGUUCUUAAGUUGUGUCUUUUCAGCUUCCGACUUUGGUAUUAAUGUGAUAAACGCUUCCUUCCACGAAUCCGGUGCCCUCUUCACCAUAAUUUCAUUGCUGACCUCCAUCAAAGGUUGUAUCAAAUAGUCUUUUAAUGUCUUAUAAUACUUGGAGGUCAGCCCAUCUGGCCCUGGAGAUUUGCCAAGUUGCAUGUUCUGAAUGGCUUGUUCAAUCUCCUGUCGUGUUAUUUUAGAAUUCAGAAUUGUCCUAUUUUCUUGUGACAAUUUAGAUAGUCCAUUUUUGGCAAAAAUUGUUUAAUCUCCACUUCGUCUUGCGGCCCUUGGGUGUAUAAUUUUUGAAAUAUCUCUGGAAACACUUUCUAAUAUCCACUGGAUUCUGAAUAUUUUUUCCAUCAACCUCUAAGUUUGUAACCGUGUUUAAUCUUUGUCUUCUCUUCAACUGCCAAGCUAGCAGUUUUCCACAUUUAUUCGCCGACUCAAACGUUUUUUGUUUCAUUAAUUUAACCUUCCAUUCAAUUUCCUGAUUUAUCAAUUUAGAAUAUUGUGUUUGAUAAAGCUUAAUUUCUCUCAGAGUUGGCUGUGACUUUGGAUUCACUCUUAAUUUCUUCUCUAAUUCUUUUAUUUUGUCCAAGAUCUUAUCUUUUUUCUCAUUUUGUGUUCUUUUCUUUACUACAUUCUGUUGUAUCAAGAAUCCCCUCAUUACAGCUUUGCUUGCGUCCCAGACGAUUCUUUUUUCCACCGAAUUGUUCAUGUUUAUCUCAAAAUAGUUUAUCUCAAAAUAGGAAUGAAUUAAGUACUUAACCUGCGGUACCACUGUACAUCUCUUACCCCUCUUGUUUUUAUUAUGCUGGUUUGUUAAAUUUUGUAAUUGUAAGUGAAUCCCACUUUUCAGGGGGUAGUUGUUAGGAUUGAUAGAUGAGGUUUUAUAUUUGGGGGGAAAUUUUAAAAAACGAAUGUGAGGUUUUAAUACUAUUUACUUUAUUUAUUAAAUUUAUGUCCUGCCCUUCCUCCCGUAGGUGCUCAUAGUAGAUAUACUGUGGUGCGAAGAAAAUUGAAUACCCCAUGGCACAGCAGUUUUGCAAAUUUGCAGAGUUAAAGCUGCUUCAAAAACUGAAGCAGCUAUACAACUAUUUCAUUAAACUCAUAAGGAGCAGUCUUAAGAUUUAUGAUUGCAGAAGAGUGUUAUUUCUGGAAUAACUCAUAAGAGUGGAUCAUAAUGGCUUGGCAGAUCUUUGGAUUAUUCCACUCUGACUCCCCUAAUUGACUGAAAUCUUCAAUGCACAUCUUUAUACUUUCUCUUGGAGAGAAAGAAAAUGGUGACUAGGAGACAGAGGUUAGAUUCAUUUAGCUGAUUCAUGCCGAUGGAGCCUUCCUUAGUUUUCUCUAUGGAGGCGUUGCUGUUAGCAACUGUACCAAAGCAUCGCUAUCUGUAGCUACACAGUAACAAUGAGUUGGGGAAAACAGAUGUCUUAAAAGUUCCCUGGAUUGUGUUCCUUCUGUGGGGUGUGGGGAAGCCCAAUGAUUUCACCAACUGUAAGUAGCAUUAAAACUGAAUGUGUUUUAAAGAAGCAAAGUAGAAUAUGUGCUGUUUCAAACCUGGUUUCUGUAUUGUGCACCUUCUGACCACAGUGCUGGCCUUUAAAGUAAAAUAGCUUUCUGGAUACAUGAGCUAAAACGUUCGAUGCUGAAAAAGAGAGCAACAAAGUCUCCCCCCCCCAAAAAAAAGGUUAUUGACUUGAGGACACUGCAAAUAUAAUGCAUUUCCAGUAUGGAAUGAAGUUUGAUGUAGGAAAAAGUUUGGCAUUCAUAGGAUGAAUUCCCCCAUAUUUCAAUUUCACCUUGAGUGCACAUAGUGAUUUCUAUGCAGAAAACAUGUAAAACUUUGAGAACCACUUCUGUGCUGAACUAAUAAUGAAAACCAAUAACAUGCACUCUUGCAUGCUAAAAGACUAAAAUUUCUGUGGUGCCCUCCUUCCCUUGAUGGCCUAAGCAUGUGCUCAUUUUUUCUUUACGGUUAAUCCAGCCCUGAUUAUGCAGCAGCUAAAAGGUGGCAGGAGGAGGCAAGGCUCGUAAAAAAAACAAAUCCCAGGGUCUGGGCAUUCCAAGGGUAGUGGUUGCCUUAAAUACAGUACUGGCAUCCACAAGAGUCCCAGUAGAUUCUGGAACUUGGAAGCCUCUGUUUAUUUUUUCUCUAUAGAAUUGGUAAUCAGAUCUGACUAAAUAACUUUCACCUUAACUUUUUGAAGAUUUUUGUUGUACACCUUUUAAAUGUUUUAGCCUUCUGAAAGAUAUAUUAGGAGAGUCCUAAAAGCCCAUUUGCUCUAAUGUGUCUGAAGACAGGAUUUAGCAGUCUGCUAAUUUAAUAUUACUCAUAAUCAUUUGUCCUAGUCUGUUGAAUUUUUAAAGUUGUCAUUAUCAGUUUUAAGCUGCAGCGCUCCAAUUUCUGAGAAGUUCAUUAAGACUUAAAAAGAUUUAAAUAUUCUUCAAUAGGUAAUAAGGAGCCUUCAAAUUUAGCACUUAUUAAAAACGUACAAUUGUAAUAUUUUACUGUCUGCAUUUUUUGGCUAAUUAUAUUUAUUUUUAAAAGAUUUUUUAAGGGGGAAGGUUUCAUGUAGAAACAAAACAGAUCUUGUGCAAACCUUAGCACAGUUUGGUUAUAUGUGUAUGGCACAGUAAUUAAGUCUUACACGGUAUCUCCUUGGAGGUGAAUCACAGCAUGAUUCCAAAAUCACAUAUAGAGUUUGUGGCUCCUCCAUUUGUAUUCAUAAAGAGACCCAAGUGGGAAUGGCUGCUUUGCCCCUAACAACUCCCCCCUCCCUAUUAAACCCUGUAAUUACAUCAAGAAUUAUAAUUUGUCUUUGGCUUCAGUGGGAUAAUGUCAUUGCAUGUCAAGUUGGGGAUUAUCAAGUGGAAGGAGACCGUGCUGACAUUGUCAUUUUAUGUUAAAUAGGAGAAUCUGAUUUUAAUUCAUCUCAUAAUGAUUCAGUAGAGUAUAGCCAUUUACUAGGCAAGUUAAUAGGGGCAUCUAUAUAAUCACCCUUUACCACCAAUUACAAGCAAGACAGGAGACACAAAAGUAUUUCUAUAGAAUCAUUAGUUCAAUAAAUAGGAGUAGCUGUGUUUCAGCUGUUACACUACAUGGUACAGUCUGAGAAUUCAGGAAUCAAAUGCUUAAAGUCAGUGACCCCAUUUAUCCUCAACUUUACAAAUGAAUAAAUAAAUAAAUGAAUAGAAUAUAAAAAGGGUUGCAAAUUGUGGAGUUAGGGUUCUUUUAAAAAGUUUGCUGAGAAAACCAUUAUUAAGAAACCAUUAUUAACAUUUAAAAUGGGUAACAAACUUGAUGUGCUUCUUGCUUCUUUUCUUUUCUUCUCCAUCAAUUGAUCCCUGCCAUUCUUACCAAUGCUACAAUCUACUGAGCUCCCAAUCCUUCAGUCCCAGAAAGAUGGAAUAAAAGCAAGUCACUCUUGCAUCUCUACCACGUAUGAAUGAGAAAACUAGCCUCUCCACUGACUCAUAGCACUGAACUGCCAGAAAGCUGCAGCACAUUUGGGAUGAUUAUCUUCCAAGUUGGCUAUCAGAAUGGCUUACUUUGUACCAUCAAACAAAUCUUAUUUGCUUUGCGGUUUUCUUUUUUAUCAAAUUCUGUAAUUUCAAAGCAUGACAGCUUUAUAGGAAUUAGGCAUCCUCAUUUUAGAUAAUUGGUUAGGUUUAUGUUGUUGGUUGGUUGGUUAUUUUACAACUAAUUGUCCAUGUUUGGAGCAAGAAAUAACAUUAAAAUACAGUAAACAAUGUUUCAUUUGAAUAAAACUUCAAUGUUACGGAUAGUUUAAGAGAGAAAGAGAGAUCAGAUCAUGCUGACCCAAGGCUCCUUAUAGUCAGCAUCUUCCUUUCAGCCAAAAAAGGGCCCCUCACAAAGGGUCACACCCAAAUACAAAAUUCAAAUACAAAAAAAAAAAUAGCACUCACACCAAAAAUAUGCAGCAAAGUCUUAAUGUUAAAGGAAACAUUAAAAGCCAAAUAUUAAAAGCAUUGGUGUUUCUGAUUAAAAGGGCAGUCCCUGCUCCUGCCAACCUAGCAGUUCGAAAGCACGUCAAAGUGCAAGUAGAUAAAUAGGUACCAUUCCAGCGGGAAGGUAAACAGUGUUUCCGUGUGCUGCUCUGGUUCGCCAGAAGCGGCUUAGUCAUGCUGGCCACAUGACCUGGAAGCUGUACGCCGGCUCCCUCAGCCAAUAAAGCGAGAUGAGCACCGCAACCCAAGAGUCGGCCACGACUGGACCUAGUGGUGAGGGGUCCCUUUACCUUUACCCUGCAAAGAUACCAAAGACAGCAAGAGUAAAUCUUUAGGGAGCAACUCCUCUUUUUCAGGGUCCCAGGCAGGAUGGACCGGGCAGGUAGAAAAGCUUAACCCCUUGAUGGUUCAAGUGCAGUCACUCCUCUAACAACAGCCAUUGAAAUACUUUAGGGAAGUCCACAAUAAUGUCUUUCCUCCAUUGUUUUGACCCUCUUCAAGUGGCAUUCAUACAGCCUCUAGACUGGAAAUGAUGGCUAAUAACUGUUGACAACUCAUUUUCUAUGUGUUUUUAUUAAUCCCUCUUAAAGCCAUCUAAGUCAGUGGCAGGGCAGUGAAUUUUCCCAAGUUAAUUAUAUGCUAUCUGAAAAAGUACUUUCUUUUUGGAUGCCAUACUUUGUUUUUGCGCCAUACUAUUAAUAAAUGUCAGUCAUAUUCUGCUUUAAAUAUGUUAAUUUCUCUCCCCCCAAAAAACUAGUUUUUCAAAGGGAAAACUAGUUUUUCAAAGGGAAGAUCUUCCUUCUCUGUACAUUUUUCUAACUUUAUGGUACCCCUUUGAAAUGCUGGCUAUCAGAAUUGCACACAGUACUCCAAAUGUGACUGGUUAAUAUUAUGAUUUUGAUUGUUUUUUGCUUGCUUUGAACUUGUGGAUUGCUUCUACAAUAAAAAAGUGCGUAAGGUAAUGUGCAAUAGAAGUUAAUGCCUGCUUUUUAACCAGUAGCUGGCACUAAAAAAAGUUGUUAUUCACAACCACUUGCUUAUAAAAGUUUAAUUGUAUUCCCACUUAAACUUCUGCAUAUGAAUACUACUAAUGCUGAAUAUAUUAAAUAUUUAUUAACAGUUUCUAUCGCCUGUUUUUUCUAAAAAAAGUAAAUUUGACCACAAAAGCACCAGUCAUUAAAUGUCAUCGAAAACUGGCUUUCUAAAAUUUUAGAAUCGUUAUCGUCCCUGCUGUUAUUAUUAGAAUGUAAAAAAAAUAACAUCAGCUAAAACACUUCCUUUGUGUUCUGAUACAAAAACUAUAUUUUUCUGCAUAUACCCAGCAAUAAGGUAUGAAAUACAUUUGACAGAAACCAAAAGGCCCUGCCCAAGUCCCUGUGAGCAGAAUCCCCUAAGCAUUUUAGAUUCUGAGCAAUGCCUAUUUUUCAGAGAUUGUGCUCCUGUGGAGACAGGGGGAAAUGUCAUGUAAUUCUUGACUUGGUCUGGGAAGAAAACCUUACUCAAACAUGACGGUCUUGGGUGGCAUUCAAUUGAAUACAGGUUGAUCCUUGAAGGGAAAUCCUGGGUGCGGGAGGAAAAAUGCAGGCUUUAGCCUGAAUCAUGAGAGGAAGAGGUGUGUGCAACCCCAGUCCUUCUCACGGUCUUCACUGCUGCCAUCAAGUGGGUAUAUUUAUUUCCUAGCUACAUCCACCAAACAUCCCCUGACAUCUGUAAUGUACUUACCGACCCUGCCAGCUCUCUGUACUAGGUGGUGUGGUGAAACAAUUUGCCGUGAGGUGAAUAACAAGGCCUCAGACAGCAGUAUGCCAGAACAAAUGUAGCUUUUGGAAAGGUUUUUGUAAGGCAGACAGUUGAAUAUUUUCAGGAGGAGGAAACCCUAAUUUUAAAAUGGUUUGAACAGUUAAACUCUCAAUGUUCAGCUUUGUCUGCUCCAGGAGUCAAUAGAUUCACUGUAGCUCUUGGCAUCUUCCUUCUGAUUUUGGCUCUCCUUUCUCUGUUUGGUUAUACUUGCAUACACCAUUUUCACACACACCCUCAAACUCUUGGCCCUUAUGUGUCGGGCUAAACUUGACUCUAGUACUCAGAAAUAUCAGUCACCCGGUGCAGGAAUGGGCGGAGGUUGUGGCACAACAUCUCCUCCUUUGCAGCUGACCGUUGGCUCUGGCCCCAGCCUGCUGUGGGGAAUGACUAGAUUGACAUGUGCAGUUCCUCUAUGCAAGAACUAAGUAGCUGUGUAUUGUGCUCAGGUUUUAACUGCUGCUGUACUAGAUUUGAGUGUGAGCAUUAAAUUGCGUUAUGUUGUUCUUGUUUUUUAAUUGUAAACUGCCUUGGGGACGUGUUAUGUAUUGAAAGACGGAUUUUCAAUUUUUAAAAAAUAUAAAUAAUCAAAUUACCUUUAUAUCUUCAUUUCUACUGAGAAUCUAUUGGUAAGGUUGUGCAGAUGUUUCAAAAUUAGCUGAAUAUGUGCUCAAACCCAUUUGCUCAUUCUUGGUUACGAGGCUCUGCAUCCACACUAGUCUGAGACUAGAGCUGAGUCCGCAGUGUGUUAAUUCCAUAUAUGGGUAAUUUUGGGGUUUUAUUCCAGUUCUGUAUUUUUUAAAAAAAACAUUCAUCUGUUUUUAACCAAUAUGGACAUAACAUAUUCUGCAGUGAUCGUGAUUUACUGAGCUGCUAUGUCAAAGGAAAAAAAAUCUGUGUUCAGUUACUUUUCCUCCACCCCGUGCUUUUAGUUCUAGUAGUCUUGGCAGUUGGUAAGUGGCUUUGCAAUGCUGAUACUCCUCUCUACAAUCUAAAAGGUUUGUGCAAAGCAAAACCCAUGAUGAAAUACGGGCUGCUGUCUACUCAAGUUUCACUUCACAAAGGAAUUGGAUGCUUUUAAGCAUUGCCAUGUCUCUCUGCAAGUACCGUAUGUUGGUUUUUUGUUGUUUCUGGAAUCUGUUUGCAAGUCCUUAAAAAAAACACACCAAAAAAACCCAACAACCCAGAAGUGCUUACAGGGUAAAAGUUAAACCCAUGCAGAGACAAAAUAGAUGGGUAUUCUUAUUAAAAGCCCAGGUGGGCUUAUUUGCCUGGUGUCACCUUCAACUCCUGGGGCUGAUGAGAUUGACUAGCAUUUGGCUUUUGUCACCUCUGAUUUGCCAGGCGCACACGCCACCGCCCAACAUUGAUGCAUAUUUUAUGGCUGAGGGUUAAUUAGAACACUAUAAAGCUGAAGUAGAGGAGGUUGAUUUAAAUUCCAUCUGUGUGGAUUAUGAUGUAGCGGGGUGCAUUAGCAUGCAGACAGAGUUUCUAUACGUAUCUUUCAAAUGACAAGUGACUUGAAGGCACAUCACAAUCUGGCAGAUCUGCUGUGUGUUAUGGAGCUGGCCCACACCUUCAUAUUAGCACAAUUUAAUUAGGCAAGAAAGAGCUCCAUAUCUCUUAAGAGACAAGAUGAAAUGAUAAAUCAAUAUUCCUUCCAAAGGUUCUUUCAAGUAGAAAGUAUGGCUUUCUAAGUAAACAGGUUUUCUCGUUUGUAAAGAAAAGAAAAGAAAAAAGAUGCUAAAUAUGCUUAUUCCUAACAGUUAAACAUUCUUUGUCCAAUACCAAGUAUUAGAAUAGAUUUGCUUUGUGGCAUUAUAUUGUCAUUUCCAUUUCCAUUAUGUUCUUACGUCAUGCUGUUUUAGUGUAAUAUUCAAGCUUGAAUAAAGGCAGUGUUUUAUUUACAGAGGCUACAUGCCAUUAGUUUUCUUGAGCUAAUAACCACUGUAUAAAUACCAGAAUGUUAUGAAAAUGAUGGGCAUUUAUCUUAACUAACAAAUGUACAUUUUUGGCAUCAUUCUCAUCUAGCUGGUUCCGAUGACUUUCAAAAUUGUAACAUCUUGCUAAUGUACUUAAUAAAUAAAAUGUGAUAGUCUGCAUGUAGCUGGCUGUUGGGUAUUGCACAAGGUCCUCUGAACAUUAUUUGCUUAUGGAGACAGCCUUGUAGUUUACUCCCAGAUAACGUGUGCUUGGUAGGUGAAUAAGCUAUACAUUAAGGCAAAAACAAACAAACACCUGAACCACAUAUUAAUAGCCAACUUGCAUUUCCAAUUUAUCCAGCCAUUGCAAAGUGGUAAUGGGAAGGGACAGUUUGUAGGGGAGAAUUGGUGGGUGGGAGAAGGAAGUUAUUCUACUCCUUGCCACUUUCCCCACUCAAUCCCUCCCGCUUCCUACCCACACCCCCAAACUGGGAGUUCUUCCAAGCAGUGUUGGUCUUUUGUAUACACUGAUCUGCUGGUACCUGGUCUCUGGGUGUGAAGCAAUGCACAUGGUGCUCUUGAUCAGGAUGAAGUGUCAAGAUGUACAGGAUGACAAAAUGGGCUCCACCAACUAUUGAUCUUGUAGCAGCCACAAUGAACUGAGUUAGACCAAUUCUUGGUGAUCUGAGACACAUUUUACUGGACAUAGUUACAGAAUAUCAAUGUCUGUGCAUGGGCUUGGGCCAAAAUUACUUUCUUUGUUUCCUGUUAGAGUUGGGCCAAAAUUACUUGCUUUUUCCCCUGUUUCCAGUGAACUUUGUGAGUGUUGAGAAGAGCCACCCAUUUCUGGCACUUUUUGUAUUGCUUUGAUGCUGUCCUAUUGACUGCCUCUUUUCUUCUUUGUUGUCCUUAGUCAAGUAUGUGCUCACUGAAGUUUUAUCUAUUUGACUGUGGUUAUCCAGAUAGUUUUGUCCAUGAUGUCAUGAUGUUCUGUUCUAGUAUGGUGAUGCCAUGGAUGCCACGGAUGCUUAGAAACAAAAUCAUUUGAGUCACACCACAGUCACUUUGAAUGCAGUCAUUCCAAUUCCCUUUUUGUAAGACUUAUAUUUAAUGCUGUCAAAGCAUGUAUCUCACCAUUGAUUUAAGUAUUCAUCCCUUAAGUUUUAUAAUGGAUGAGUAUAGUUCAGGCAUAGGCAAACUUGUCCCUCCUGACCACUGGUCCUGUUAGCUAGGGAUGAUGGGAGUUGUAGUCCCAAAACAUCUGGAGGGCCGAGUUUGCCUAUUCCUGGUAUAGUUUCUUCUGUGGAGAAGUUCCCAGUGGAAAUGCUAGCAGCUCCCAAGAAUUGGCAUUACUUAGCUGGAGAAGAAAGCAUUCGUUAUCCAGACCUACUGGAAAACAAUAACAAAAUGAAAUGGAAUACAGUUAUUUUACUGUAUGAAGGAGCAUAAGGGUUUCUUGGAAAAAUUAGCAUUCACCUGUCAUUCCAUUGUGUGUGCUAUUUUUGACUGAUGGUGAUCUUAAAAGCUUACUGAAUAUUUUUUUCCUAAGUAGGUUAAAGUCUUGCCAGUGCUGACACUUUGUCGUUCUGACGUGGUACAAUUUAUGAAACUAAUUACAUAGUCAUAUAUAAAUUGGCAAAUGGGAAGUUACACAUCUAAAACAACACUUUAUAUAUGCUACAGUCAAAUCAAAUCUGAUAUUUCCCAAGAAGAUUAAAAGCUCUUUGCUCAAAGUAACAGUUGAAUAUUUCUGACUUUGGGUGCAGAAGCGGUUGCUGUAAGGAGAGUCUGUAAUAAAUCUGUUUCUUAUCACAUUAAUGGAAUGUCUAUAAAAUUGAUUGAUUGUCUUUCUGAUUGAAAAAAGGCACACACACAUAAAAAAGAAAAAGUAACCACUCUUCUGUUUAAAAGCACAAGAGAAUAAAAAUGAAUUUACACUGUGCUUGAACUCUGAGAAGGCUAAGAUGGUCAUUUGUUAUAUUACAUUUAUAUCUGAACUUUUCUUCCACGAAGCUCAAAGCAACUUCCAUAGCUCGAUUCUUGUUCUAAUCUCACAACAACCCUGUGAGGUACAUUAGGCCAAUGGCUGGGUGUGGAUUUGAACCUGGAUCUCUCUUGUCCUAGGCAGUGCUUCAUUUACAGAGGCUACAUGCCAUAGGGUAGCCAACAUGGUGCCCUCCAGAUAUUGUGGACUACAACUCUCAUCACCCUUGGCUUUUGGCCUUGGUGGCCGCGGAUGAUGGGAGUUCUAGUCUAAAACAUCUGAAGGGCACCAUGUUGGUUACCCCUGCUCUGUCCACUACACCAAACUCGUUGUCCUUGGAAGAUGAUGCCAAACCUGUGGGCGCUACAAGAUUUCACGUCAUGUAGGAAACAGUUUCAGCAACUUUCUCCCUGCAGAAGACCUUAAAGAAUGAGGGUGUUCAUACAACAGGAGACACUCACUUAGGUAAUAUAACAUCAUGUGGACUAAUAUAGCCACAGAUGAUACUGUUUUAGUAUUGUUUGACUGUCUUCUCCAUCUCCAAUAUAAUAACUUUUUCUGCCUGCCUCCCUUGCCCAUGAAUUGAGGGUAAUGGUGCUGGAUUAUCAUUUAAAAUGGAAAGGGGAAGACAAGACAUUUCAUUUUUGAAGAGGAAUUAAAAUAAGUGGAAUGUUAAUAAAGGCAGUCUGUAGUAUAGGUGCAGAAGAAGUUACUGUAAGCAGUUCUAUAUUAGACAUGUGGUACUGAAGACAAGCCCUGUUCAGCCAAUCCAUAUUGAAAGUACUAGUAUUAUGCUACAGGGAUAGCAGGUACUUACUACACAAUUUGAAUACAGUAAUUGUACCUCAGCAUGACAUUUAGGGAUGUGAAUUCUAAUAUUGCCCAAGGGCUUAAAUUCAGAUUAAUGCAGUACAUCUACUUUUGAAAUACUGCUUUCUCUCAUUAAAAUAAACUAAUUCGAGACCCACAGCAACGCUCACAUUUUCUUUGUAAGACUUCAAAAGUACCUGAAAGGUAUUUUUACUGUAAUGUGUGGCUUCAGAUUUAUAAACCCAGGUUGAAUGUCUUGCCAUUUUGUAACGAAACUCCUAUUCCCUUUUCAGCUAUUUUUUGUUGAAAUUGAAAGCAGUUGUUCAGAGUCUGAAAGUUUUUGUAUGAUAAGGGAGCAUUACUCAUACGAUGAGAUCAUCUCAAAAGUGAUUUUUUUUGCCAACUCUGAAAUGAAAAAGGAAUUCUGUCCUCCUCUUAACCUCUCACCUUUCUCUGAAUUAUUUAGCUUAACUGGAUAGCUCAAUUGGUAGAGCAUGAAAAUCUUAAUCUCAGGGUUGUGGGUUUGAGCUCCAUGUUUGGCAAAAAGAUUCUGGCUUUGCAGGGGGUUGGACUAGAUGACUCUCGUGUUCCCUUCCAACUCUAUAAUUCUAUGACUUUAUGAAAACAGAAACUGUACCCUAUUGUACAUCAGAAAAGGAAUGCCUUUGCUGUGGGUCAUAACAUUUGUGUGCUGUUGGGCUUGAAUUGCUCCCUUGUUGUUCCAUUAGCUCUUUGCUGCUGUUCAUUUCAUUGCUGCUCUUGAUAUGAAUGUGUCCUUUCUGGAUUGUUGAAGAUUUCUAUAUUAUAGCGCUAUAUGUGUGUACAGGUGACGCUGCAAUUACACUUGUGCAUCUUGUGCAAACUUGUUUGGCAGCAAACAAUGAAGACGGCAGCUGUACUCUGUCAGGAUUUUAGCUUACUGAAUGGUUACUUGUUUCUUUCUUGAGUUGAGCAGAAAAAUCACUGCUAACACCCUCACCUUGUUUAUAUAAAACAGGUCCUCAUGAUAUCGCAGACUUUGAUUGAUAUCUAAAUCAAUUUGAAUUUGAAUACUGGCAUCAAUGGGUUCUGCUUUGCCUCGGAAAUUAUCAUACCAGCAAGAUUCAUUUUCACUCCAUUUGGUUUUAACAGGAUGACCAAGUGCUUUGAAAAAUAACACUACAUAUGCUAUAUCACACCUGACAAAAAUAAUACACACACUUUCUCUAUACAGUGGUACCUCAGGUUAAGUACUUAAUUCGUUCUGGAGGUCUGUUCUUAACCUGAAACUGUUCUUAACCUGAAGCACCACUUUAACUAAUGGGACCUCCUGCUGCUGCUGCGCCACCGCUGCACGAUUUCUGUUCUUAUCCCGAAGCAAAGUUCUUAACCUGAAGCACUAUUUCUGGGUUAGCGGAGUAUGUAACCUGAAGUGUAUGUAACCUGAAGCGUCUGUAACCUGAGGUACCACUGUACAGUGGUACCUUGAGUUACAAAAACCUCAGGUUACAAACGCUUCAGGUUACAAACUCCGCUAACCUGGAAGAGUUACCUCAAGUUGAGAACUUUGCCCCACGAUGAGAACGGAAAUCAUGUGCUGGAGGUGCAGUGGCAGCAAGAGGCCCCAUUAGCAAAAGCACAUCUCUAGUUAAGAACAGUUUCAGGUUAAGAACGGACCUCCGGAACGAAUUAAGUUCAUAAUUACAGGUACCACUGUACUUAAAAUCUUGGUAAAUUAAAAUUAAAAUGAAGCAACAUGUAGGAAAAUCAUGAUCCUCUGUGGCUGCUAGAUCACAGAGGAGCCAAGUGAAGCCCCAGUAAAACUUGUUUGCCUUGAUUCCAGUAGGAUGCUGGCAAAUUAUUCGGCAUUCCUCUGGGGCACAGUCUUCAGUGCCACCCAUGCUGUUGGCCUUGUCUGUUAAUUGACCUCAGGGGGCUGGAAUAAAUAUGAGCAGAUAGUUUGUGAUAUCUUGAUGCAAGCUUUUUCCUCAGUUGACAAACAUUCCAAGGGGAAUAUCUUGAACCUCUUGGUACAGUUUUGAAUUUAAUGGCUCUUUCUUACUUAAACACAGUGGGAGACUAGAUGACCAAAUAGGGCAAAUAAUAUUUCUUCUCUAAAUUGCAGCAAACAGUUGGUCCCUCAUUCUUUUCUCUUAAGUAGCUGCUGGAUGAUAAUGAUGACAAGAGAUUUCUAAUCAUUACAUCCAAGAAAUGGCAUCACCUCACCACCCAACAUGUAGAGCGUUUAGCUGGCAGUCCUAAGUGGAGAAAGGAAGAGAAAACCACAGGGAACUAAUGUAUUAGAGAAGCUUCUGUGAACACCUAUUCACUGCUUUUUAUUGUUAUUGAUCCCCACACCCUUUUGUCUGGAUAUGCCAACUUUGCACCUAGGUAAUAGGCCGCUAUUGUUGUGUGCAAGCACAUUUCUUGUGGGGAAAAGGACCCUUUCAUUUCUCUAAAGCCCCUCAAGGGAAAACUUCCAGUCUACUAUAGGGUUUUUUUUUCACGCAAGGAAGCAAUCUGUUCUAUGAGUUUGGUACAUAAACGCCUUUCUGCGGCUAGAAUCUUUGGCACACUUGUUUGAGAAUAAAUCACUUAAUUUGUAUGAUAAUGUGUACAAAUAUUUUGAUUGGUCAUUGAUCCCAAUGCUACAAGUAUUUUGGUGCAGCUCAGGGAAGUGGAUUGGGAUAUACAGGAUUAUUAUUAUUAUUAUUUAAUUAAAUUUAUAUACUGCCCUUUUUCAAAGAUCUUCUUAUCAGGACAAGUUAAUUGUUGUUUACUGUUGUAACAAUUGUUUUCUCAAAAUUUAUCUUCUGUACCAUGAAAAUAAAUAAUAACAGUAUUAAAAAAUAAAACACAAGUAAAUAAUUAAACCAUAACAACAAAACAAUAACUCCCCCUCCUUGUUUGUUUCAGAAUGUUGCUUAUGGAAAGCAACAACUAAUGAACUGUUACAUUUAAAAUAAAGAAAGAAAGCUAAAUGUAUUAUGAAAGUUAAUUUUUAAACAAACAUAAGUAUUUGUCUUAUAAAUGAGCAAGUCUGAUUCCCCCUGAUAUAUGCAUUACGGUAAAGAAUACUGAUGUUUUUUCUUCAAUUAUAUAUUCAAUGCCUGACAUUGCUAAGUUAACAAAGAAGGCUAUGCAGAAGCUAUAUUGCAGCUUUUGACAGUAAUACCAUAGACAUCUGAUGCUCUCUGAACCUUUUCUAGUAAAAGAUUAUCCAGGAUCUCAGUGGAGUUUUUUAAACCCCAAGAUGCUGUCAAGAAACGAUAUUAUAGCUAAAUAGAGUAUCUAUGCACAUUUAAUCUUUCUUUCUUUUUUUUACUAAGCUAUAGCCCUAAAGGAGAAAGCACUGAAACAAAAUUCUCAGAAACCUUAUGUAUUGCCUUUGAUAUUAAUGAACUGACACUUUCAGUAAAAAUUGUGCUAGAGACAUUUUCAGAAAAAAAUUCUAAAUGCACUUAGGGCUGCUACACUUGGUUUGCCAGUACGGAAAUCUUAGUAUACUUAGUUUGUGCCAUUUGUGAAUAGUACCCAUUUAAAUUUUCUCUUUUUUUCAAUAAAAUGCCCAUCGGUCUUAGUGGAGACUGACUGGAAGUUGGCAACAACAGGAAAAAUGAAAUUAUGCAUAUAUUUUAUUGCUUGUGGCGUAUGAAUAUGCUCCAACACACAAUUUGAGUGUUACAGGUUUAAGAGCUGCAGGUUUCAUUCUUGAAACAAACAUGGAUAUACAAUUGCAGCACUGAACCCCUUUACUCAUCUUCACUUCUUUGCAUGCUGCUUAGAGGUCUAAUUAUGAGGCCUAAUUUGUUACUGGGACGCGGGUGGCGCUGUGGGUAAAACCUCAGUGCCUAGGACUUGCUGAUCGUAAGGUCGGCGGUUCGAAUCCCCGCGGCGGGGUGAGCUCCCGUCGUUCGGUCCCAGCUCCUGCCCACCUAGCAGUUUGAAAGCACCCCUAAGUGCAAGUAGAUAAAUAGGUACCGCUUUAUAGCGGGAAGGUAAACGGCGUUUCCGUGUGCUGUGCUGGUGCUGGCUCGCCAGUUGCAGCUUUGUCAUGCUGGCCACGUGACCCGGAAGUGUCUUCGGACGGCGCCGGCUCCCGGCCUCUUGAGCGAGAUGAGCGCGCAACCCUAGAGUCGGUCACGACUGGCCCGUACGUGCAGGGGUACCUUUACCUUUAAUUUGUUACUAGAGUCCUUUCAGUCAUCAUUAAAUAACCUGGAGGCCUGAAAGUGCUCUCAUGUCAUCUUCACAGAGCUUUGUGGUUAGUGUAACCUGGCUUCAGUUUUUUUUCCUGUUAUAUGAAAUAAUAGUGUGUAUAUUCAACACUCAAUCCACAUUGGAUCCCCAAAUAGUUCACAUGUCUUUUUUGGAUUUCUGUGCUGAUAGCCUAUAACAGCAACAGAUUCUUCUUUAGGCAGAAACUUUGUGAAAGUGGAUUCAGAAGGUGCCACCCACUACUAUUCUUGAAAAAGAGACACAGGGUCAGUCUUCAACAGCAGCUGCACAUGAGCUAUGUAUACAUAAAGCAUGAAUCUUGUGGGGCGAAAUGCAUGGAUACAAUUUGAAAGGAUUUUGGAUUUCAGACUUAAUAGACUGACGUUGCCUAGACUGACAUGGAAGCAUAUCUAUUUGAAAAGACAGUAGCUCAGAAGAUGGUUCAGAAUGACUUCUCUUCAGAUUGUAUGCUACAGAUUACAUUUCACCAUUUGGCCAAUAUGUUUCUGUGAGAGAUAAAUCAAAAGAGUUUGUAUUUCUUUUAUCCAUGAGGAAAAGUUUCUGUUCUUUCCUCUGGCGUCAUGUUAUCUAGUAAAACAAACACAGCAUUUGGACCCAAUAAAUAUCUGCAUUUUAUUGUGGGCCUGCCAUUUUUUGGUUAUAUGAGUGAGUGUCAUCCUAUAUUCACUUUCUCUUUGAUUAACAAGCCACUUUUUUUGCUUAAUUAUUUAUUAUUUAAAUGUUUUGCCGGUUUUUUGUUUUUGUUUAUUGGCCAAGACCUGUUAUUAGCUCUCAUUCUGCAUGAGAUUAGGUUGCAACAACUAGACCAAAUAUGGCAACUUAAUUUUGCUUGUAGUAAGGACACAACAGAAUUCCAUAGGAUAACUCAAUGAAAUUUCAUUCCUCCCCUCUGGCAUUCAGGAAGGGUAAUUUCCUUAAGAAGUACAGCAAACCACAGAGGGCAAUAUCUCUGUGUGCCAGAGUAGAACAAAUAGGAUUAAGUUGUACUGUAGAGGCUUUUUCAACCUGCGUGACUGAACACUACUUUCACAGGUUUGAAAGAACCAGUGGAUUGUAACUGGAAAGAAAACAUGGCAAAUGUUCCUCUUUGUAAAGUACAAAAACUAUGACACCGGUUUUUAGAUGCUAGGUGUCAACUUUGAAAUGCAAAUUGUUACAGUAAUGUACUAAAAGGUUUAAUACUUAGGUCUAUGCAAUUUAGAGCCCCAGAUCCUCCUUUACAUAUUAGCGUAUUUCAUUUUCUAAGAGUUAGGAAAGGGUAAGCUAAUAAGGAAGUAAAAUGGGCUAUAAAUGCUAUAUUGGAUUUAUUUAACAGAACACUUAUUUAAGAGAACACAAGGAACAUCCCUUACAGCAGCCUUGAAAUGAUGACAUAUGAAAAAAGCUUGUUUCCCAUUUUGGUCUCUUGAACACUCUGAAUGAUCAGUGCAGAAAUACAGUGGUACCUCUAGAUACGAACGGGAUCCGUUCUGCGCAUGCACGUGACAUCAUUUUGAGCGUCUGCGCAUGCGCAAGCGGAGAAACCUGGAAGUAACACGCUCCAUUACUUCCGGGUUGCCACUGAGCGCAACUCGAAUGCGCUCAACUCAAAGCGUAUUCAACCCGAGGUAUGACUGUACUUCAAUGACCAGGAUAAUUCUUCCACAUUCUGCUAGAAUUGAAAUAAAAUAUUUGGUAGCAUGAGUUCUGAUAACACAGCUAUGUUCCAGGUCACAUAGAACAUUUAAACCUAAUACAGUGGUACCUCAAGUUACAGACGCUUCAGGUUAUGCGAUUUCGGGUUGUGCACCGUGCCAAACCUGGAAGUACCGGAACGGGUUACUUCCGGGUUUCGGCGCUCGUGCAUGCGCAAAAACACUAAAUCACACUUUGCGCAUGCGCAGAAGCGCCGAAUCAUGACCCGUGCAUGCACAGACGCGGCGCUGCGGGUUGCGAAUGUGCUUCCUGCACAGAUCACGUUCUCAACCCAAGGUUCCACUGUAGAAAGUGUUAGGUGUGGUUUUAUUAUAGGGUUGCCAUACAGGACAUAGCUGGGAAUUGGCCAUUGGAAACAUUGUCUGGGUGGAAAUAGCUGAAAUGUCUGGGGAAAUCCGGACAUAUGGCAACCCAGGUUGGCAGUGUCAUUUUUUUUACAAUUUCCCUUAGAAAAUGGCAGGGGUUGGGUUGCCAGCCUUCACAUCAUGUUUGUAGGCGUAUCUGUAACACAGAAUUGGUCUGCGGCCUGGUGCAUGAAACCAGCUUCCCAUAGAGUACAUCCAUGGUGGGUCCUGCCAUCUUCUAUUCUGUGGACAUCAAUGGGAUAGUGAAAAAAUGGCUAAACAUGAUACUCAGAUAAAAGAAGAUAUCUGAGGCAGAUAAAUAAAUAUCUAAUCAGCCAUGUUAACAUAACUAGAGAUGGAUUAUUCAAAUUCAGCCAGAGUUUUCUUUUUAAAUAAGUCAAAUGUUGAGAACAUUUUGCUGUUAGCCUACACAGCAAAUAGAAAACACACUAUGCAAUUUCCUUAGAACUGUUAUAAGCAAAUGCUUAAAGUCUAUGUAAUACAGUUUUAGAUUCUAAAAUACAUUUCCUUCAGACACCAGUUUGCAUUUCACUAAAACUGACUAGCAUGCCUCUUCUUUCUAAGAAGUCUACCUAUAGUCCUCAUUUGGUAUUAGAAAUUGCUUAGGUGAGCGGUUUGGCUGAAACCAAAUAUUGGAAAAUGCAAAUAAGUGAUCCCAUGUAUUUCUAAGCAAGUCAGAAAAUCAAUUUAUAAUGUUCUGUAAGCACUGAGAGAGGAAGCCUUUAUAAAUAUAUUAAAAAGAUGAGAAACCUUCUGGGGCUUUAUGAUAUAUUAUUUAUACAGCAUGAAGCCAAGUGUUUCAGUAUGAGAAAGCAGCAAAGAGGUAUAUGAAACUGAAUUUUUAAAGACUGGAUUGCGACUGACAAAAAGAAAAAGACAAUGCUUAAAUGGAAUGUUGAGAAGAAGAUGCAGGUGUUGCUGGUUUUGAUUGUGAUAAUAUCCCUCCCUACAUUUUUAACUGAAUUGACACAAAAUGAAGUUUGCCAGGCAAUUUUGUUUGGAAUUCUGGAGACAAGCCAUUUUAGUGACAUCUUCAUGCCAGAUAUUUACCAGUGCAACCUUAUCGAAUGUGUAUUCGGACCCGCAAGCCAUAAUUUCCCCAGAUAACCAUAAUACACUUGCAGUGAAACACACUGUGUAUCAUAUUUUACGUAAACAAAGUAAGGUGGCAUAUUUUAUUGCUCUAUUAUAUUUUAGGGUAGUGUGUGUGUUUUUUUAAAAAUAUUUUUUAUUAACUGGCCAAUCAAAUCAAAUUAAAUCACAUCACAUAAAUUCCGAAUUACAAAGCCGAAUUUUAAAUUUUGUUGGGGGGACCCAUAUUUCAAGAUCCGAAGGGGGAUUCUGAUCAUCUUCUUGCUACUGCGUUAAUGUCCAAAUCAGUCCAAAUCAGUCCAAACAGAGUUCAUAAUUCUAUCCAGUCUUAUCUUGCUGUUUCCACAUCACAUCUUGUUUAUAUAUUUUCUCUUUUUUCUUUAUGAUCUCUUCUGAUAGUCUCCUUAAGCCGAUAAACACCAAUAAUAAUAAUAAUCCUGUGUGAAUUUUCCGUUCUUCCAUUCCUCAAAUCGCUCUUUCUAUCUCACAAAGCUGUCGCUCUUAAGUCCCUCUGAGGAGUUUCACCCACAAUAUAUAAACAGCUCUAUUUCUCUCUUUCUCCUCCCAGACUCAAGACCUCCGACAGAACUUCCCAAUAUGGCGACAGCAUUUUAAACUGCGUCAUUCCCAAGCUCUUAUACAUUCCUCGCUCUUCUUAAAACAUGCUUUGGUUCGAAAGUUUAUCUCCACACAGCCUUAAAUCCACAGCUUAAGUCCUUAUAACGACAUUUCUGACUCGUGACUCGUGAGGGGAGGGGAUUCUUGUUAAUCACAUAAGAAAAUAAAGGAAAGUUUUUUCCCCCUCCCCCAUCAGUCAUUUGCCAUACCGUGUCUUGACAUAUCUUCUCAUGUUUUAUUCUUGUCUUGUUUUAUCAGAGAUCUCUUCUAUAGCAGUCUUUACUCCCCUCCUUCCUUGAAAUAUGUGCAUUCCUUCAUCCAAAUUGUUUUCUUUUGAAGUUCUAGCAGCUAGUGGCGCGAAUCAGGGACGGCGUCCAGGAGUGCCGGAAUCCCACAGGAGGGCUUUGUGCCUAGUGCCCCCAUCCCCACAAGUUCGGGGGUGGUAUAGGGCACAGCAGGCAAAGGCAGUCCCCCCCACCGUCCUGGGGGGGGGUUAGGGAGGCUAAUUACUCCCAUCAUAGCCUCCAAAUUACCUCGUGUGGGUCGGAGAGAUGUUAUUGUCAGCCAUCUUCCUAUGCGUCCCCUAGUGGCCCCAGGGUAGUGUGUGUUUUAGCAUAGAGUGGCUGGGGAAACCCAGCCAGAUGGGUGGGGUAUAAAUAAUAAAUAAAUUAUUAUUAUUAUUAUUAUUAUUAUUAAUUAUUAUUAUUAAUUAUUAUGCAAGCAGGUGCACUAUGCAAACUCUUCCUAAGUCAGAACUGGAGAUCUUAAAAGUUGGCAUACUUCUACGCUAAUAGAGAGGUGCCCAGGAGCUUAUCCUGCUGCAGUACUUGGAAGCAGAGCUAAACCUGUUCUCCCAACACCACACACUGCACUGGAACAACCUCCGAACAUGCUUUAUUGGGUUCUAUUUAGGAUAAAUUGGUCUUGGAUUAAAAUUUAACAGAAUAAACAAGACUUCAAACUACAAUAUCAGUUACUUCAGGCAUUUCUUUAGAAAGUUAUUGUAUUAAAAGGUAUCUGAAAAGCUAGCCAGGCUUUUCUUUUAAAAAUAUGUUCCAAAUCCGAAUGACAAUUUGCUGUUGCAUGAUAGAAUCAACUCUUUCAAAUAAUUCUUGUUAGUACUUCAUUUCUUUGCUGGAGGUCUUCAGGCAGAGGCUGAACAAACAUGUGCUGGGAAUACUUCAACUCUGAAUUUAAUGGAUGACAUUGAAGUAAAUGGUCCACAAAUCCAGUUCUAUAAAUAUGAUUCAUUCUCUCUGCCUUUUUUUUAAGGGGGGCUUAUUUCUCCCUAUGAAGUACCUUGUAAAUGAUGUUGUUUAUGAUAGUCUUCAUUCUUCCCAAGAGCAUAAUCUAUAGAUGGAUUUUGCUGUCAUUUAUACAUGUGGAUAUUUCAGAAUUCAGAUUAGAAGUAAAAUGAAAUAUUCUGUCAGUUUUUCUGCCCACAGAAGGGGAAGUGGGGACCUGCAGAAUUCAACUGAGCUCCAGUUAGCAGGUUGCAAGAAGAAAAAUGCAUUUUUAAUAAGGCAGAAUUGUCUCUGAUGGCUGUUAAUGGAUUCUGGAGAUCCAUAUGUGUCAGAAGAGAACUGUCUUUGAGGAAGAAGGAAAUAUAAAGCAAGAAUAAUCAAUACCUCAUAGAUACCUGAAGGAGUCCAUAAUUUGGGAGGUGGGGGAACUGUAGGGGGUAAGGGUGCAUACAAAUAACUUUUUAUGUCUGUACCGUUUUAUUAAUAAAUGAGAAAAACAUUUCACUUUUAUUAUAAACUAACACCUGCUGCAAAAUGGUGCUAGCCAUUCCUUUCUUAUGAUUUACCCACUCUUUAAAGCCAGUAGAAUUUAAAAAUGAGCAGGACAGACUAGAUACGUAGAAGCACAGACAACAGAUUUUUCAAAAGAGUCCUAUAAACAUUUCUAGGGCAGGCCAGUGCUUUUCCUGUUCACAGUGGUAGAAGGGUUUUUUGUGUUUUUUGGAGAUUAGAAACAUUUUUUUCUUUUUAGUGUUUAACCUUGUGUAUGAUACCAAGGAAUUUGGUGGCAUAAAAUAAAAUACCGUAUUUUUCGCCCUAUAGGACGCACCUAAUUUUUUUUGGGGGGGAAAUAAAGGGGGAAAAAAUUAUCCCCCCCAGGCGCGGGGCUUCCCACGGCUUGCGGAGAGCUGCGCGAAGCUAAGCCUGGGCGCGCUGCGCCUCCCCGCUGUCCUAUGGGCCGGUGCGCUGUCCCCCGAGCCCGCUUCUCCCCGCAGCCAGCCUCCAACCCAGGUUGGGGGAUAGCGGGAUGGCGGCGUUCUGCCUCCCCACUGUCCCCCGAGCUUGUGGGGCUGGCGGUGGGGCUCUCCUGAAGCCUGGAGAGCGAGGGGUCGGUGCGACCGGCCUCUCGCUCCAGCUCAGUGCUCAUUCGCCCAUGGGGCCACACAUUUCCCCUUCAUUUUUGGAGGGGAAAAAGUGUGUCCUAUAGGGCGAAAAAUACGGUAAAAACAAAUUUAUGUAAGUGAUUUUGAUAUUUCUCGUAUAAUAAUAAGGGUGAGGGGAGUUAAAUCUGUCUAUACUUGAUAUUUUAGAGAAAUUACUAGGUUUGUGUUAUUUUACUGAAACUUUCCAAUCAUAAAGACUUCUCAGUAGGAAGACGUUUGUGAAACUGCAGGAAUUUGAAUUCAAGUUCUCUCAAAACACAUGCAAAAUCUCUAAGGAAGAUGAAUAAAAUUGUGUGUAGUUCUUUGAGAUCAUUACACUAAAGCCAGUUUGUACAUCUGCCCCUAUCAGUCUUAUUAUUUCAGCUGUUUAAAUGUGCCACCGCAUGAGGUCUUUUAUUUGAAAAUUUAUAUAUAGCUAUUCACAUCACUUUCCCUCCAGAGACUUUUGACUCCCCCCUACUUCAUCUUUGUUCGGAGGGGGGCUAUUAUUCCUUUUAUUGCUACUGUCACAGAAAACCUUAUAGUCUAAACCAUUUAAGGAAGUAAUCCCUAGAGCCAUCCUGGGCAAACAUCCAGACAUGCAACGAUUCCCAAAAGAAAGACAUUCUCAGAGACAAAGUGGGGGAGAAUAUUUUUGAUUUGGGAAUAUCAGUCUUCAGCAGAGGGUUAUGAUCAAGGGACAGAUAGGCUUCUGAAAAGCAUUUAGAUAAGGAAUACUAAAAAAUAUAAACUAGAAUGCAUUAUUUAUGUAACUUGCUAAUGUGAGGUUAAAAAACAACAGAAAAGAGACAUGUUAAAACAGACUCUGCCUCCCGGUCAGUUUAGGGUUUUCACUUAGACCAGGAGUUGCCAACCUUUCUGGACUCAUUGGCAAAAUUUCAUAUUGGAGAAACAUUUCUGGGGAUCACAUAUCAAGCACACACCACAACCUAUUCUGUUGGGUUUGUAUUCUAAUGUUUUUUUCUAGUCUGAUUUCAGCAGAGGGCAGGGUCCCUGUGAAUGCCAAGGAAGGCUUCUGUGGGAAAUGUGUUGGGUCUAAGUAAAACAAAGGCAAAGGUUUGGGGAGAUCUGGCUUGGCGGCAGUACAUGUAAAGAGGAUAUAGUUGUCUUAGCUGAUCAUAAGCUGACCAUGAGCCCGCAGUGUGAUGCAACUUCUCAAAAAGCUAAUGCAAUUCUGGGCUGCAUUAACAGAAGUAUUGUGUCCAUAUCAUGGAAAAAAAAAAAUUCAUCUCAAUUUUGUGCUGGUCGGGUCAUGUAUUGACAAAGUGUCCACUGACAAAAUGGACUGUUGCCCAUAAAAGGGCAGUCUAUGAGAAACAGUUGAAAGUACAGUGGUACCUCAGGUUAAGUAUUUAAUUCAUUCCGGAGGUCCGUUCUUAACCUGAAACCGUUCUUAACCUGAAGCACCACUUUAGCUAAUGGGGCCUCCUGCUGUUGCUGCGCCGCCAGAGCCCGAUUUCUGUUCUCAUACUGAAGCAAAGUUCUUAACCUGAAGCACUAUUUCUGGGUUAGUGGAGUCUGUAACCUGAAGCGUAUGUAACCUGAGGUACCACUGUACUUAGGUGUACUUGACCUGAAGAAGUUCUGAAGAAUAUUUGGAAGAGAUGUAGGGAGCAGUCGUUCAGACAAGAAGCUGGCAUAAAGCAAGCCAACGCCAAUUAAACCAGCAUAAACUUGCACCCAAGCCUGUCAGAGGGGAAACAAGCCUUUAAAAGAAUGUUUGACUUAAACACACACCCUUUUUUGCAGUUGACAUGACUGAGCUGAACAGAAUCCAAUUUCAGUCCCUGCUGCCCAUUCCCACCUCUGGGGCACCCCUUUUGGGGGGCUUACGCCAGCCUUUGCUCAACCAGCUGAGCCAGGAUGCCAGCUGAGCUUGAGAUCCUAAGCUCAUCCUGACAGAUCUUGCAAAAGGAUUGCACCUCUAAAUGGAGUUUAAUGGCCCUCUGAAGUACUGCACUUUGUUGUAGGGUAAAUGUGCUGCUGUGAUUUGUUGAUUGCCUAAGAUACAGAUGUUUUCCUCUGAAGAAGCGCUUCUGUUGCUAGGAUAUUGCACUUCCCCAGCACUCAGACCACAACAUCUUGUUUCUGGAAGAAAUGCUAGUCCCUCAGGAGAUAGUACUGUUGUUUCAAAAACAGUGGUCAUAUCAAAAUUAUUUCUGUGAAAUGUUAUAGGAAUCUGUUGAUGAAUGCAUCAUUAAUAAGAUGACCGUAUUGUUUGUAAACAUUUCUUUUCAGUUAUUAUGUUUCAAAAAAUUCAUAAAGCACUUCAUCAAAACAUAGCAUUGAGCAAAAUAAUUAGCAAUAAAAAGAGGGGGGGAUUAGUAAACUAAAAAAAACCAUAGCUUACUUAGGUGGAACAUUGGCUUUGGUUCCUUAAGUAGAAAAUAAUCAAAAUCAACAGUAACAAAAUGCCUUUAUUAAGACUAAUUACAUUAUAAAUGUUCUAAUAAAUGCAUUACUUAAUGUGCAUUUGGAAUAUAAAAAGUAAGCCAUAACUAAUUGUAUAUGACUGGAAUAGGGCAUAAUUCAGCAAAAGUUAAGUAUUUUUUAGUCACCACUAAAACAAAACUCCAAAGUGCUUAAUUUCACUUAACUUGUGACUCUUGCUUUCUUUUUAAGCAUCACUGGAAGAACAUUGUACUGGGUUUGCUGGUUUUUUUUAUACUGUACUUUUGUUGAAAUGGUUGCGGUUGUUGUUUUCAUCUUCCAGCAGUAUUAAAAAAUGAAGCUGUGCAUUUCAAGGAGUGAUAAAUGUGGCAGUUGUGAGAAGUUUGUCCCUGAUGGUAAAUAAUGGGGGUAAAAGGUCAGAUGUUUGUCCGUUGUUGAUUAAUGGCAGUAGUUUGACAGCAAAUUAAAUGUCACAUAAAAUUGGCAAAUGAUACAACAAAUCAAUACCUAGUGAGAAAAGCUGAUACAAUUAUUCUGGUAAUCAACACCAUUAGACACCCACAACUUGAUUUAAGUCAUGCAGUUUAUUACAGAGGCUUUCAUGGAAAAUGCCCGGUGUGUUCAAAAUAGCCCCCAAAGUAUUCAAGUCAAGAGGCAAUAAUAAAAACAAUCCCCAGCAGCUGAGGCAGCUGAUACCCUUGUUAAAAGUUAGGAGUAGAUGACAGCCAUACACCUAUUAAAAUAUAGCAGCAGAUAUCAGGGCAUGCUCACAUCGCUCUUAUAAGUUCAAAUAAAGGUUUCUUUAACUUAGUGUGACAUGCAGUCAUCAUAUACUGUAUAAGUUGACUAGUUGGCAUAGUUACUACUCAAGGUGAAUCACUGUCUUGAUAUCUAAUAGCUGUUCUCAGGCCCAUUGCCACCUGAAGAUGAGAAACUAAGGUUGUAUACACACUAUAUUUUUAAAGCACAUUUGAAGCACAUUUAUUCCCUCAAUAAAUUCUGGGCACUGUAGCUCAAAAUACCAGACAACAAUUAUCAGACUUUUAGAAGACAUCUGAAGGCACCCCUGUUUAGGGAAGCUUUUAAUGUUUGAUGUAUUACAGUAUUUUAAUAUUUUUUUGGAAGCUGCCCAGAGUGGGUUGGGGAAGCCCAGCCAGAUGGGCAGGGUAUAAAUAAUAAAUUAUUAUUAUUAUUAUUAUUAUUAUUAUUAUUAUUAUUAUUAUCAUCAUCAUCAUUAUCAUCAUCAUCAUCACCCCUCACAGAGUUGCCAUUCCAAGCACCCUUAAGAAACCACACUGCCCAUAAUUCUUUGAGGAGAAAAAUGUACUUUGAAGAUAAUAGUGCGUAUACAGCCUAAGCCUCACUCAAAGAAUCUUAUUUCUGAUUAAAAAUGCGUAAGUUUGCAUUGCGCAAACUUUGUUUAAUUUUGUUUUAUUCAGGUUCAGAAAGGCAAAGCUUAUCACUUAUUUCAAUAUGCAGAGAAACAUGCAUUUAGGAGCUGGCCAGGACUAUAUCUGUUGGGAAAUCAUAAGAACCAUAUAUCUGCUAUUUUGCCAGCCUAGCAUGGGGGAGUUUUAUCUGUUAUUUUUCUCCUAUAAUUUCACUACACCUUGCACAGUUCAAUAACUUCUUGUUGUAUUGCUACAUUUCCUCAGAUCAUUUGUUGUGCCUUGUAACUUCUAAUCACAUGUAUAUAUACUUUAUAUAGAUUCUAAUUCUGCUUAGUAUUAGAUAUGCUUGAAAAACAACCACAGUGUCAGGGAAGUGUUACAACUAUUGAUGUAAAAGCAACAUUGACUGGGUUUUUAUUUACAUAAUUUAUACUCUGCACUGUCAAUAUAUUUUUUGUGUUCCCAGGGCAGAUAACAAAGUAGAAUUGCAGAAUAAUUCUAGGCCAGAGGUAGAUUUAGGGUAGCACGACUGGUUCCACCACACUGAGUGCUGAGCCUAAAGGGCAAUGCAGAGUACCUUGAAUGUGAUGUAGUAAACUGAGCAGAAAAGAAGGCGGGGGCAUCAAAUUUUGGCCUUGCACAGGAUGCUGUUGAAAUUUGAAAGACCAAAGUCCACCCCUGGGAAUAGAAUACCAUAUUUUUCGCUGUAUAAGACACACUUUUCCCCUCCUAAAAGGUAAGGGGAAAUGUGUGUGUGUGUCUUAUGGAGUGAAUGUAGGCGGGAGGCUCUGCUCAGUGUGGAGCUUGUGUGCAGCUCUUGGGGGCUUUUCCCCGAGGAGGGAGAAGGGCAGCCCGUCAGUCCCUUCUCCCUCCUCGGGGAAAAGCCCCCAAGAGCCGCACACACGUUCCGCGUGCUCUUUAAAGGGAGCGCGGCUCUUGGGGGAGCCUUCCUCCCACUGCCCACGAUUCCUGGCUCAUAGGACAGCUGCGAGCAGCAUCUUCUUGCCCAUGUCUUGCCCAUGUCUGUGAACCCUUUCAAUACUAUUCCACUGCGAGGAAGAUGUGUGGGAGAUACACUGGGUAAUGUGAAAGACCUCAUAGUUUGGCCCAACUGAAAGUUGUUGUGCUCUGCACACUUAGCUUGAGAGUCAGCUAUGCCAAACCUCCUGCUGGAUCAGCAAGCAUAAGGUCAAUUGCAUUUCAAGUAUUUUAUCUCCAAUACAUUUCAUGUAUUUUUAUUUAAUGAGCUUGUAGAUCCGUCUGAAAUUCAGUGAAUGUUGUAUUGCCAAUUGUCCUGUGUCUUCCCACAUGUAUGCCUUUAAAAAAACAAAAUCCCUAAAAAACCCCUGAUGUGAACCUCUGUUCUGCAAAUAGCACUUCCAUCACUAUUCACAUUGUGUGCACCUCUUAUCAAUUGAGCCAUUUGCUUGCAUGUCUGUAUAAUCUGGGUUAUUCUAUUAUGUGUCCAGAAAAAGGCUGACUGUUAUUGGAGACAGGCGGCUAUUCUGCAUGGCUCAUUGUUUUGACACAGUAUGGUAGUUAGUUCCUAUUAUGCUGAUCAGUGCCUUGCAUUAUUUUUCCAUUCACGAGCUCCAUAAGUGCUUUCCUUGAGUUGUCUUGUUCUGACCUACAGUAAGAGCUGGGCUCUCAGUGAGAUACAUGCUUUCUAUUUUUAUUCACUGGGGGACUGAAGUAUUGGAAAACCUGUCCAUUUGGACUGGGGGGAAGGGGGUUAAGAGGGAGGGAGUGCUUCCUGUCACUGACAAGUGAUUUCCCCAGCUAAUUCUUUAGCUGAAGUCUGUGAAGCUGCACUGUGGGGACACCAGGAAAAAUGCUUUUGUUCAGUGUCUUAAAACCACAGAUCAGCCAUCCAUAACCAUAGAGUCUGAAUGGCGAGAAAUACUUGGUGAACAUUCUGAUUGUACUGACAUCGGAGCUACAACUUUCUCCCCUGCUGUUCCAAUUGAACUGUGCAAUUUCUGUUUCGCACCUCAGGUCUAAGGCAGCCCAUGCCCCGCAAAGGUUCAGAAGUGAUCAAAGCUUUCAUUAAAACCCAGUCUGAAAAAAAUAAAUUCCACGUGGUGUGGCAUGUAAUCUCUAAAUGGGAUUUUUGUUUUCCCUCUAUAACAGUAACAUUGAUUCAAGGCCAGUGGUCUCGUCUGGCUAAAAACAUUAACACAAUAUAUUCAGGCUGCUGUUUGUUACACAAAGCAUUUCUUUCAAAGGGCAUUCUCUUCUCCCUUGCCCCCUCACAUCACUAUUUCUGCCGUUUAAAAGCAUCCGAGAAUGAACGUGAACCUUGGAUGUGAAAUUCUUGCCUCCUUCAAAGCAUUGUUUGCCUCUUUAUUUUUAUAUGUCAUUAGAAGGAUGUUACUACAAGGCAAGAGGAAGUUGGGGGUCUAUAUGCAUCAGAGCUAAUUUGCAAAUACAUAGAGGACUCACAAUCUGCUGACUAUUCAGAGUCCUAUUCACUUGUUGUGAGCAGAAGAUUCAUUAGGGAGCUUUGCUGACUCUGACAUCUGUUAAGCCCCUUGUGGUGUGAUGUCUGCAGUAAACAUAUUGUUCAUUCCAUCAAAAGCAAUACUUACAGCAGAAUUCUGUUCAUGUCUACUCAGAAGUAAAUCCAGUUGCGCUCAGUCGGACUUGAUCCCAGCUGAGUGUGUGUAGAAUUGCAGCCUUUAGUUAUAGGCAAAUAAGUAUUCAGAAUAGCCAGGCAAGGACACAUCAUAAAAUGCUUGAACAUUCUACUUUUCCCAGAAGGGACCAAAUGUCUCCCUCUCUUUUUAUGAUUUUUUUUUUUUUAAACCAAAGAGCAUCUUUCAGAGUACAUCUACCAAAAUUCUAUGGAUUCCAUUUUAAUUAGGAAUACUUAAGCAAAGAGUUAGCAUUCAGUGCAAUGAAAGCUAAUGGUACCAUCUCAUUUGACCUCUCUGAAAACAUACAUGUUCUGUGAUGGAAGAUACAUUAUUUUAGGUAACAAUGUAGAGGAAGAGUCAGAGCCAUUCUUCCUUCAUUACCUAUGCCUUCAUUUAUUAUUUCAGUAUGCAAACCUUACACAAAAUGGAUGAUGUUGCCAUCACGGUAAAUGAUCCAUAAACCAGGAACAGCAUAAAAUCUAUCACAUUGUAAAAGGUCACUUGACUGCCUGACUAGAGUGUUAAAAUCUGACCUGUGGAAAUUAACUUUCUGAGCAAAAGGGGCAGUUCAGCUGUUCCUUCACACCUAACUCUCUCAACAAUGCCAUCAGUAGAAUAAUGUGUCUGUAGAAACAAUUGGCCCCAUCUGGUUUAGUAUUUCAUCAUUGUUCCAGAGUUGUAGGGGUUGGCAGAAAAGGAACAGGGAGGAAUAGACACAGGGAUGGAGGUGAAAGUAAAAACGGGGGUACAAAGGGGGCUGCUGAGGGAUGGGAUAGAAGGAGACCACUAGUGCCACCCUUCAUCCAUAAAUGACAGGCUGGUUUACAAUAUAAAAACACAAAAAUAUAUAGCAUAAUAGCAAACAAAAUCAAUUACCCCCACAGUUUAAAAGGGCAUAGAUUGUUCGAUUAGCCAAAGAUAAGAGGAAUGUUUUUGCUUGGUGCCUAAAGAUAGGUAACAAACGCACCAGGCAAGCCUCCCUGGUGGGGAACCACCACAGAAAAGGCCCGUUUUCAUGUUGCUGCCUCCUGGACCUUUCACAGAGUAGGCAUAUGAAGAAGGACCUUAGGUGAUGAUCACAUGGUCCAGAUCGUUUCAUAUGGGGAGAGGUGGUCCUUGAGACAUUGUGUAAAUAUAAAGGUAUGUGGAUUAUAUUCAAGAGCCUUUUUUUUUUUUUUUGCUUUUGGAACCCUUCUGUAGUUGCCCAAAUCCCAUAUUUCACACUAGAAUCUCCUGUGGCAGAAAAUGUUUAUAAGUAAAAAAAAUUCCAUAAAAAUGUCAGAGCUUUUACACCAAUUGAUUUGAACACCGACACAUUUGUUAUCCGGCAUUGCUGUGCUCCUUUCCAUAGGUUUUUAAAGUGUAUGUGUGUAGGGUGUGUUUUUGCACUCUUUUUGUCAAGGUUGAUUCAUUCAUUCAUUCUUUAAAAAUUAAUUUUGUGCCUGGCUUCUUUUCUGGGUGCUGGACUAAUUGCCGUUUGGGUAUCUGGAUGACAUUCCCUUCACAAUCACAAUACGAGUGCUAAUUAAUCUCACUUCUGUUCUCAGAGAAAGGAGCACCAAUAAGAAUGCUGCCAAACGCCACAAAGAAAGAAGAAAAUGGCAGAAGCCUUUUGUGGGCAGCUGCUCCAAGGCUGAUGAGCAUUACAUUGAAAAAUAGAUACAUGCUAACUAUUGAGUAUUUACAACAACAGUCUCUUACAUGGCACACAAUCACACCAAAUUUGUCGUCCCCGUCCCCCCGAGCUUUCAUGUUAUCAUCUUUGUUCAAUCUUAUUUGAAAACACUAGUAUUUCGUAUGCCAGGGAAAAGCAAGAUGGGACUCCAGAGUGAGUUUAUUAGAAGAGCUAUCCUUAAGGAAGCUAGACUGUCUUAAGGGAAACAAACAAAAAAACCUGUCCUGCAAACCUUACAAUUCAUUUUCUUUCCUUCUGUUUUUGCAGGUCAGAAAAUCCUUCACCACAGAAGUGAUGUCUUAGAAACUGUAGUCCUCAUCAACCCUUCCGAUGAAGCUGUCAGUACUGAGGUAAAUUCAUCAAUAAUGUAUAAAUGAAUGCAUUGUACACAGCAGACAUAAAAUAAAUAAAUAUCAUAAGAGCCAGGACAUUGAUGUCCAUCUCUGAAAUCUGGGCUGACAUUUUUAUGGCCCACCAAUGUCUUGAAAACAGACAUUAUUUUGAAAAUAAAAUAAAAUAUAAGAAUCCUCUGCUUCCCAUUAUCUGCCUUUUCCUUGUCAAAGUUCUGUUUGCCUCUUUAUGAAGCAAAACCAUACCAAGAAACUUGCCGGGUCAGACCAAAGGCCUACUUAGUUUUUCACCAUGUUUUCUAAAGUGGGCAACCAGAGGCCUAUGGGAAGUCCACAAGAAGAAGAAGAGUUUGGAUUUGAUAUCCUGCUUUAUCACUACCCUAGGGAGUCUCAAAGCAGCUAACAUUCUCCUUUCCCUUCCUUCCCCACAACAAACACUCUGUGAGGUGAGUGGGGCUGAGAGACUUCAAAGAAGUGUGACUAGCCCAAGGUCACCCAGCAGCUGCAUGUAGAGGAGGAGCGGAGAUGCGAACCCGGUUCACCAGAUUACAAGUCCACUGCUCUUAACCACUACACCACACUGGCUCUCACAAGUAGGCUGUGAGGGCAAUAGCCAUUUCCUGUUGUUUCUCAACAACCUCUCCUCAGAGGCCUCUGAUCCUAGAGAUACCAUAUUAACCAUAAUUGACUAGGAGCCUUCUAUUCCAUGAAUUCGUCUAUUCCCCUUUUAGAAUCAUCAAAUUGAUUACAACCAUGGUUGAACUUGUGGGAGCGAACUUCAUAGUUUAACUAUGUGGUGUGUGAUGUCCCUCCUUUUGUCCAUCCGGUCCAUCUUCAAACAUUCAGUUUCAUUGGAUCACCCUGGGUUCUAGCAUUAUGAGAAAGGAGAAAAACCUCUAUCACUUUCUCUACACCAUUUUAUAAGCUUCUGUCAUGUUCCUCCUUGCACACAUAUUUUUUGAAACUAAAAAGCCCCAAACGCUGUAACCUGUAAGAGCUGUUCGAUCAUGGAACAGACUCCCACAAGAGGUAGCGGACUGCUCUGUAACUUUGCACAUCCAUCUGGUUCCCUUUUUAAAAAAUUGAUGUCUGCUGGUACAGAGGCCAAUCUUAGUACAUUUGAGAACUCUCAGGUAGAUAUCAACCAAACCUGGUGGCUUGUUAAUUUUUGGCUUGUCAAUAAGGUAUUUAAUUUCAUCUCUUGUCACCAAUAUUUGUAUCAGCUCUUCAGAUUCUGUUCCUGAAAAGGUCAGUGUAGGCUGUACACCUUCUAUAGUGAAUACUUUGCUGCAAUCUUAUCAGCUUCUUUUGACUCUCUUCUUAUCCAAAUAUCUAAUUUUUCUACUGAACAGGGGUUUUUGCUUCUGAUGUAUUUAAACAUGUUUUUUUUUACUUGUAUGAAUAUUUUUAGCAACAUGUUUCUCAAUUUUUAUUUUUGCAUCUGUAUUAUCUGUUUGCAUUUCUUUAGCCAAAAUUUGUGUUUCCUUUCACUCUGCUUAUUUGAACAGAACUUCCAACUUCUUGUCUCUUAAUAGCAGCAGACAUAAAUAUUUCAGUUUACAAAUAGAUAAACAUUCUCUAAGUCAGUAUCUGGAGAAAGAGAGAGAGAGAGAGAGUUUCUACACAUGUUGCCUGUAUGCCAUCUAUAGCCAUCAAGAAAUAAACAGGGUGCAGGAAUAUCAGCAAAGUGGAGGUGCUGGGGUUUUUUUUGCUGAAAAAGCUAAUGGCUUUGUACAAAAGCUUAUGGCGACUUUCCCAGAGCUUUUGUGCCAAACACAGGAAACAAUAAAACAAGAUAAUUCAAUUUUUAAUAGUUUUAAUGCAAUUAAAACAGGUGAGAUUUAAGUGGCACUCAUCUGAUUGUUGAGUGCUAUCUAUUUUUGUUAAAAAAAAUGCAUGCAGAAAAUGGACUUGACCCCAUCAAGGGUAAUGUUACAUUUUUAUAUCCCAAUACAAUUAGUGACAAACCAUAAUGGGAUUUCUUUUCUCUGCUGUUCCAUGUGUUUUAGUGAAUGCCUUUGAAUUAUCUGUGGAAGGUGAGUCCUUGAACAGAAAUUCAGGGCAGUCCUGAUUUUUUUCAUGGCAUGCUUUUUUAAAAAAGCAUUUGAUUGUUUGACUGUUUAUAUACAGAUAAAGAUAGCUUGCUGAGAAAGUAUUUUGAGAGAAUUCAGUUGAUUCACCUAGCAGAAAUAGUUCGUGUAUGACAAAGUGAAUCUAUUGAAUACACUUGAGAAAUAAUGGCAGAGCAUGGGGGAUAGUAAUACAGUAGUGACAAGUAACUGAGAAAACAUAUUUUUGAUGGUGUUUGCUUUUGAUCUAAAGAAAGCCAUUCUGCUUGUUAAGUAAUCUGCUUUGAAUAUGUUUUUAUUUUUAUUUUCCCAGGCCUUCUAAACGUUAAAUGAUUUCAGUUUAUAGGCUGCAUUUGUUUUUCUGCUGCUUCAACUUGAUAGGUUUAACUUUGUCAUUUUCACUGUGCUACUGCUUCUAUUUUUGGUUAUAGUUCAUUUUGGGAUAGAUUUUUAAGAUUUUUGUUCCAGUUUAAGCUGCCUUGAAAGCUGAGCUUAUAGAGUUCUGUUCUGUCCUGUUGUGCACCAUAUUUUACAAACCCUCUUCCCCCAUCUCUGUUUGGGGAUAAAUAAAAUGCAAAGCCAGUUGCAUGCAUGUUUAUUUAGGUCAAGUAGAAGUGAUAGUCCCUGUAGAAAGCAGGAGAUAUUUUAAGGGCAUUUUUUGUUUUAAUCCUUUUCUACAGGUUCGCUUAAUGAUCACAGAUGCUGCAAGACACAAACUCCUGGUACUAACUGGGCAGAGUUUUGAAAAUACAGGCGAGCUCAUUCUUCAAUCAGGCUCCUUCUCAUUUCAGAAUUUUAUUGAGAUCUUCACUGACCAGGAGGUUUGUAUUUCACUACUCUCUAUUCUAAUGUCUUCUUCAAUAUUAGUUAUUUGCACGUUUAAUUUGUAGAUUUAUGUGCUGAACAUUCUCAAAGAAGGUGGCAAUAAAAUAACAAUAACAAACAUACUAACAAAGCAAUCCUGUGGUGGGCAGAGAAGAAUCGGGGCAUAGCAGCUGUUGUUUCCUGUGUCCUACCAAGCUCACGCUGGCCAGGGCAUGAAAUGGGGGCGGGGGGUGCUGGAGAGGAGACAAGUUUACCUACUCCAGGACUGGCUUAUUUCCCUUCCCUUCUCGAGGGCACAUCGCAGUGAUCAGGGGAACCACUCAUUAUAUGAUACCCCUCUUGUGGAAUCAGGGGUGCCAACUUGAAUGUAAUAGGGGGGGCAGGUAAGCCCCACCUGCACAAUCAAUUUCAAGAUGCAAUACCCAUCAACAGUGAGGGAGGGCUCGAAUAUUUUUGGAGGUGGUGCUGAAGGGACCUUGGCCCCUAGGAGUUGGCUCCUCUGUUUGAAAUGCUCUCCCCAGGGAAACUCACCUGAUGUCAUCAUUACUUAUAUUUAGGCACCAAGCAAAACUAUUUCUAUUCUGGCACACCUUUGGUGUUUAAUUGUCUGUGGCCUUCAGUAGGUGGGAUCUUUUAGUCCUGCCUUUUAAGAAAUAUGAAUGAGUUUUAGAUUUCCCCCUGUUUUGUUUUAUGCUGGUUUUACUGUACGGUAUACUGUUUAAUUACUAUUGUAAGUAGCUUUGAAUUACUUCUGUGAAAGGGAGGAUAAUAAGUUCAGUAAAUAAAAAGUUGGAGAGGAUCAGGAUAUGUUGGUGCUUUCCCCACGCAUUUCCCCGAGGUAUUUGUUAAAUGUUCGGAAAGUUAUACCAUAACCCUUUAUAUUACAAAGUAGACACUCAACCGAGGUUCUAUGACCCACACAGUGAUCCUUUUUCAAGUAUUUUUCUCUAUGCAUCCCAGGACGUUGUUUGAAACAAAGCUAAAAGGUGGAUGUGAAAGAAAUUCUUCCCCAGUUCCCCCCACCUAUGUGUAUAUUGUAGGGAAAUCUGUCUUUAAAAAUGAUUUGCAUCAUUCACAAUUGAUUGGAUUGAAGGCUUAUUCUGGACUUUAAACACUGAUGUCUCAAAGUGGAAAUUGAACCCAAAUCACUGGAAUUUGAACAGAUACAAACACAGAUAUUUCCGGAGUUUUUGUUUGAAAAACAGGAGGGAUUGAAAGAGAUUAUAUAUUAAAUCAAAAGGGUAUGGUGGUGGCCUGGACCUUGAGCCUACUAUACAUCAUUGUUAAUCUUGUUCUAUGGACAACAGUAUACAUGAUUUGUGAGUUUUACUCCCUAAUAUUCAAAACAUCAACAUUCCAAAACUGAAAGAAUCCAUAUCUGCUAUCUACAGAGAUGGACUAUCUGUCAAGUAGUCACUAGGGCUGUUCUUAAUUCUUUCUGUUUCUCUAGACAUUAUGUUGGCUUGCAAUUAAUGUACAGUGUCUGCAAAUUCCUGAAAGGCAAAGAACCCAUCGUAAACAGACUGUCAAGCUGAAUUAUGUAUUUUUAUAGCACUGAUACAUAGGCACAGACUGAAUCCAAGGAAAGUUUAACAGAUCUAAGCCUCAGUCAGACCAAUAUUAAGAGAAAUCUGGUCCCAUAAUAUGGGAUACUUAUGGAACAUAUGGGGUACUUUAGGAAAUUAUCAUAAUCAUAGUUAUAUUUAUACCUUGCCUUUUUCCACGACGGUACUCAAGGCGGCUUACAGAUAAAAACAAGAACCUCUAAAAAUAUAGAAAACUCAAUCAUUAAAAUACAAUUAAACAUCAAUAGAAUUAAUACUAUAUGCACAUAUUUAAUCUGUUUUAAACAUACCAAUAAUUACAGUAAAAACAGUAUGGCACCAGACCUUUCAUUAAAAGAAGUAAGUUCCCAGUAGCCUACUGGAACAAGGUAGUCUUCACCUGCCAGUGGAAGGAAAGCAAGGAAGGAGCCAGUUUAGCUUCUCUAGGGAGGGAGUUCCAAAGUAUGGGAGCAGCCACCGAGAAGGCCCUCUCCUUUGUCCCCCACCAAGUGUGUUUGUAUGAGUUCAACUAAGGCAGCAUGCUCUUCAAGAUUUCUGGUUUGGUUGUGGGAAACAGACCAAACAAACAAAUCAAUCAAUCAAUCAAUCAAUCAACCAAUCAAUCCCUUGCCUGAUUUCUAUAUGUAAGUUACCUUGCAAAGUUAGUUUUCAAAAACACACACACACAAAAACAGUUGCAUCAUGCUUCUUUAUUCCUAACAGUUCCUAGAACAUUUUUUAAGUAUUAGCUUCAUGCAAACUAUAAAUAUGUAUCUAGACUUGCAGUUUUUCAUGCAUAGUAGACAAUCUGCGGCUACUUACUGGAAUAUUGCCCACGAAAAUAUACCUUAUUAAAGAGUUAUACUGAUCGCUUUGACAUGAAGUCUCACAUUGUUUCUCUUCUUAGCAACAAACAACCCAGCCACCCAUUUUAUGAGCCUGGCCAGUUUUUUCUAAUUUAAUAUGCUAAUUUCUUUUAUCAGAUGUCUACUUUGCAAUCAUUGAGGCAGGCUACUUCAGGAUUCUGUCUCAAGGACAUACACAUAUCUGUUUUGGAAAAAAUGAGAAGCAACAUUGAAAGAAAAUGAAAUUUGAUAAAGUUACAGGUCUGCUGAUACCCCAGUUUUGCAUACUAAAAAAUGAACAUGGCUUCUAUUAUCAAUAUGUCAUAACAUUUAAAGAAAAAACCUAGAUCAUGUCUUAUAAAUGCUUCUGUAUCAUUAUAUUCUAGAAAACCUGGUGCCUUUUAUUGGCUUUCCUCUUGUAUCUUGCAGUGUUUAUUCUCCUGAGUGUUUGCUACCCUAUUAAAUAAUAGUGUUUUAGUUUCUCUGCUUGACAUUUGGAUAAGAUCUAUUUAUAUCCCAUAAGAUGGUAAUAUACACAGUUUUAGUGACAUAUGAAGACAAAACAGCUGUUCGGUCUUCUUUAUUUUCUUUUUGUUACUAUUUUCUUUUUAUAUAGAUGUUGGGUCUCUCAGGAGCAAAACAUCUGCUCUAUGACUUUGAUAACAGUUACUUUCAAAAUAAAUAAUAAAAAAUACUAUAUAUUAAAAUACAUAACAAGUGCUUGAAUCUCCAAAGGAAAUAAAUAUGUGCUUAUGGUUAUUUAUAGUUCUUUCCCAUUCUGCUAGCUAAUUAAAUUUGUGGGCCAGGAUUCUUGGCAUGACCAAUUAAUUCCUUGAUCUAAACCAUCCCUUUAGUGUACUGAAUUUUUAUUUUAUUUUAUGGCAUUUGUCUCCUGCCUUUCUAUACACAUAAACAGAGAAGCUUAUAACCAUAAAACAAUAAUCAAACAGCAAUGAAGCGACAAGCAAUUUUUUAAUGCAAUAAAGAAACAAGCAGUGUGCUUCUGAUUAUCAGUUGCUGGGCAUCGCAGGAGGGGGGAGAGUGUUAUUGUGAUCAAAAAAAGAUAUGAAAAAAUACUAAAAGCAGCAACCAGCAAUAAAAGAAAUAUAAAUAUCCCCCAGUGCCCACUAGACCAAUACCAGUUUUACUGCUCCUCUAAAAGCAAGCAAGGAUUGGGACAGGCAUACCUCUGGGAUGGGGCAGUGAUGCUCACCUGACCUGUCAACAGCACCAUGGCUUACUGGGGUGUAAAAGGGCAAGGCGGUGAUGAGGUCUUCAUGGUGCAAGAACAUAGAGCCAAUCCUGUAUUCCUACUUGCACAUUUGUACCUCUCUCCCCCACUAAAUCACAGCAGUACUGGUGGCAGGAGAUCAGGUAAGUGCCACCGCCCUGCCCCACCAACUGCAACUAUCUAUGUCUCUUGCCACCUGUCAGUGAUCUGAAUCAUAGCCUCCUCUAAACUGUCUCUUGAAUCCAGUUCUUUGUGUGCACUACACACACAACCCUGAGAUGCAAGUUUACUCAAUCAUUUAAAUGAAGAAAACAGCAAUGUGUGCACAGGUAUGCAUGUCCAAGUGCUUCCUCUGUUGUAGUAAAUGGAGAAUCCGUUGGGGGAGAAUUCACUGCAUAUAUUGGAGUCUGAAUGAAUAAGAGAAAUGUAUUUUUUUUAAAAAAAAUUAGCACGAUCCUGCCUUUCUUCUUCAAAUAGAGUACAUUAAGAAGUCUUCCUUAUUUUGAGGCUUUAGGGAGUCCUGAGAACUGCCUUUUAGUUUUAUGAAAAGUAAGUACAAUUUAGUGUAAAUUGACACAUAACAUUCCCCUUUAUGUUUUGCACCCCAGAUUGGAGAGUUAUUGAGCACGACUCAUCCUGCCAACAAAGCCAGCUUAACGCUUUUCUGCCCUGAGGAAGGGGAUUGGAAGAAUUCAAACCUAGACAGACACAACCUUCAAGAUUUCAUCAACAUUAAGCUAAACUCUGCCUCUAUCUUGCCUGAAAUGGAAGGACUUUCUGAAUUCACAGAGUACCUGUCAGAAUCAGUGGAAGUGCCAUCACCUUUUGAUAUCUUGGAGCCACCAACAUCAGGAGGUUUCCUGAAGCUUUCAAAACCUUGCUGUUACAUUUUCCCAGGUGGAAGAGGAGAUUCUGCACUAUUUGCAGUCAACGGAUUCAACAUGCUCAUCAACGGCGGGUCAGAAAGAAAAUCUUGUUUCUGGAAACUCAUUCGACAUUUGGACAGAGUGGAUUCAAUUCUGCUCACCCACAUUGGAGAUGACAACCUGCCAGGGAUUAAUAGCAUGUUGCAACGGAAAAUAGCUGAAUUAGAAGAGGAACAGUCUCAAGGCUCCACUACCAACAGUGACUGGAUGAAAAAUCUAAUUUCACCUGAUUUAGGAGUUGUAUUCCUUAAUGCCCCUGAAAGCCUAGGAAACCCCGAUCCUAAUUUUCAGUUAAAAAGAAGUGUAGAGGAGGCUUGCUUUACCCUGCAGUACUUAAAUAAGCUGUCUGUGAAACCAGAGCCUCUUUUUAGAAAUGUGGCAAACAGCACUGAGCCUAUUAUCCUUUUUCAGAAAAUGGGAGUAGGUAAGCUUGAGAUGUAUGUGCUCAACCCAGUCAAAAGCAGCAAAGAGAUGCAAUAUUUUAUGCAUCAGUGGACGGGUACAAGCAAAGAUAAAGCUGAGCUGGUGCUACCAAAUGGUCAGGAGGUAGACAUCCCAGUUUCCUAUUUGACUUCCAUCUCAUCCUUGAUUGUAUGGCAUCCUGCAAACCCUGCUGAAAAAAUAAUCAGAGUUCUUUUCCCAGGAAACAGUACCCAAUAUAGCAUAUUAGAUGGACUAGAAAAACUCAAACAUUUAGACUUUCUUAAGCAACCAACAGUUACACAGAAAGACCUAACGGGUAACAUGGUGAGCCCAGCAGUAAAACAAACUAAACUGAAGCAGCGAGCAGAGAGUAAGGAAAGUCUUAAGCCUGCUGCAAAAUCCCUGUCUAGCAAGACAGUCAGAAAAGAAUCGAGAGAGGAGGCGUCUGACACAGGGAAGACUAGCCCACCUGAAAAGACUCAAAGGGUAGAAAGUAAAGAAAAAACAACCACAAAAAAGGACAAACCAGCAAAAGCUGAGACUAGGCUUUCUGUGACAGAAAAGGAUCUGACAGCUAAGGAACAGCAGCUGUCAAAAUCUGAAACAAUUGAAAAACAAGCAGCAGAUGUCAAACCAAAAGUAGUAAAGGAGAAGCAUGUGAGAAAGGAAGUGAAAGUAAAAUCUGAGGAAAAGCAAGAGGAGAAAGAAAAGCCAAAGAAAGAGGUGUCUAAGAGAGAAGAAAGGAUAGUGGCUAAGAAAGAGGAAAAGCCUAAAAAGGAAGAUACCAAGAAAGAUGUGAAGAAAGAAUCUAAAAAAGAAUCAAAGAAAGAAGCUCCCCCAAAAGAAUCUAAAAAAGAAGAGAAAAAGGAGAGCAAAAAAGAAGAAAAGAAGGAGCCCAAAAAGCUUCUCAAAGAAACAAAGAAAACAUCUGCCUCUCUGCCGGAGUCGAAAAAGACUACAACAAAGCCAAAGCCACAAAAGAAGGAAGAGUCUGUCAGAAAAGAAAGUGGGCUUGUUGGGAAACCAAAAGAAAAAGUUAAAAGCAAGACAGCAAAGAAAGAGAUCAAGGUUGCCGAAACGCCUGCUGCAGUGGCUGCUUUGGGAGCUGUCGCUGCAACCGUAGCAGCUGUAGGUGUUGCAGCUGCUGGAAAAGAACUCGAAGCGGAGAGGUCCCUUAUGUCUUCACCAGAAGAUUUAACCAGAGACUUUGAAGAACUAAAAGCUGAAGAAGUUGAAGUAGUAAAGGAAACAAAGCCUCAAGUAGAGAUAAUAGAAAAAGAAGGCAAGUUAACUGAUAUAGAACAAAAGGAUUAUGAAGUUCAGAAAGAAAAAACAGAAGGGCCUGCUGAUUCUCCUGAUGAAGGCAUAACUACCACUGAACCUGAGGGUGAAUGUGAACAAACUCCUGAAGAGCUGGAGCCUGUAGAAAAGGACAGGGUUGAUGACAAUGAAAAGUUUGAGGAUGAAGGAACAGGUCUUGAGGAAUCUUCUGAGGCAGGGGACUAUGAAGAAAAGGCUGAGACAGAGGAAGCCGAAGAACAAGUUGUCAAUGAGGAAGAAGAGGCACCACUAGGCCUCAGAAAACAAGACCUGAAGGAUAAAAUAGAAACUGGGGAGACUGACAAAGAAAUGGCUGGAGCAUUUGAGCAUGAAAAAGCUAAAGAUUUGAGAUAUGAUGAAAAAGCAGAAUUUAGAGCAGAGGGUGAAGAGCGAGAUGAAGAACAUGUAGAUGAAAUGGUUGAAAAGGCAGAAACAGAAGAGAAUGAGGAGGAAGACAAAACUGAGGAUGUCAGAGAUGAAGAUGAAACUGAAAAAAUAGAAGCUGAAGAGGAUUAUGUUAUGGCUGUGGUGGACAAAGCAGCAGAAGCUGGUGAGAUUGAUGAUAAAUAUGGCAUGCACCUAACCACUCCAGCUAAGUACUCAGAACCUCCAUCUCCUGCUAAAGAACCAGCAUCUUCAAUCCAUGAUGAAACGCUACCUGGUGGUUCAGAAAGUGAAGCAACUGUUUCAGAUGAAGAAAACAGAGAAGACCAGCCUGAGGAAUUCACUGCUACUUCAGGUUAUACCCAGUCCACCAUUGAAAUAUCCAGUGAGCCAACUCCAAUGGAUGAAAUGUCAACUCCAAGGGAUGUGAUGAGUGAUGAGACUAAUAAUGAGGAAAGUGACUCCCCUUCCCAAGAAUAUGUUAACAUUACCAAGUAUGAAUCAACACUGUACUCUCAAGAAGUUACUAGGACUAAACUUUCUCCCCUUCCUGAUGCUUUCAAUGGGCUAUCUGAAGGAUCUAAAACAGAUGCUACUGAGGGAAAAGACUAUAAUGUUUCAGCUUCUACAAUUUCACCGUCUUCUUCCUUAGAGGAAGACAAAUUUGGCAAAUCUUCCUUCCAAGAUCUGUACCGCCAACGAGAAAGUGAAGUCAAGAGUACUAGUAAACUAGAAAUUUCAGAAGCUUUGGAUGACAAGCAUAGCCCAACUAGGAGUCUAGAUGAAAGUCCAACCCCUCUGUCACCUGUUGCUAAAACACCUCUAAGUGAACGUAGUGUGAACUUUUCACUGACUCCCAAUGAGAUUAAAGUGACAUCAGAACCUGCAGCUCUCACAGCACUCUCUGAAAAACAUGAAACCCAUGAAGAGCACUGCCCCAGCCCCGAUGAUAAAACAUUAGAAGUGGUGUCCCCUUCACAAUCAGCUGCUGGUAGUGCUGGACACACACCAUAUUAUCAAUCUCCCACAGAUGAAAAAUCAAGUCAACUUCCUUCUGAAACUACUGGAAAAGCAGAUGCUUCAUUCAGCUUCGAAGUUAGUGAUACCAAAGAUAAUAUUACAAAACACAGACUAAGCCCAAUGGAUGAACCAGUGCCUGACUCUGAAUUGCCUUCUGAAAAAGUGCUCUCACCUUUACGAAGUCCCCCACUGAUUGGUUCAGAGUCUUCCUCUUAUACAUUUUUGAGUGGUGAUGUAAUAUCUUCUGCUAGGGAUACUGACAGUCCCUUUGAAAAGAAGAGUGAAAGAGAUGGUUCUCCUUCACAGAAGAGCCCAGUUUCUGAUGUUGCUUCUACAAACCUUUUCCAAGAACAGCAAGUUGAAAACGAUGUACAGCUUUCACCAACAAAACUGGACUUUGUCCUAGAAAAGAAAAGGGAUGACUUAGAAACUUCAGAAACUCAGCCUUCAUUGGUUUUGGAUGAAAGGAAGCUAGGAGAGGUUUCUCCUACACAGGUAGAUAUUAGUCAUUUUAGUUGUUUCAAAGAAGACACCAAGAUGUCAAUCUCUGAAGGUACAGUCUCUGAUAAAUCUGCAACACCUGUUGAUGAAGUUGUAGCAGAAGACACUUAUUCACAUAUUGAAGGAGUUGCCUCUGUUUCCACAGCAUCUGUUGCUACUAGUUCAUUCCCAGAACCAACCACUGAUGAUGUAUCUCCUUCACUGCAUGCUGAAGUUGGAUCCCCACAUUCUACUGAAGUAGACGAUUCUCUUUCUGUAUCUGUUGUUCAGACACCAACAACAUUUCAGGAAACAGAAAUGUCUCCAUCUAAAGAGGAGUGCCCAAGACCUAUGUCCAUUUCUCCCCCAGAUUUCUCCCCUAAAACAGCAAAAUCAAGGACACCAGUUCAAGAUCACAGGUCUCCUGAGCAAUCAACUAUGUCAGUAGAAUUUGGGCAAGAUUCUCCUGAGCAGUCUUUGGCAAUGGACUUCAGCAGACAGUCUCCUGAGCAUCCAAUAGUAGGUGCUGCUAUGCACCAUAUAUCUGAAAAUGGUCCAACUGAAGUCGAUUAUAGCCCUACAGACAUGCAGGAGCACUCUUUUGCAAAUAAAAUAUCACCAGUGGAACAAGCAUGUUUUGGCAAUGAUAAGGAUAUUUCUGAGAUUAUUUCAGUAUCUCAGAUAGAAGCUUCACCCUCUUCCUCCUCUGCUCAUACACCAUCACAGGCAAGUUCUCCACUACAAGAAGAAACUAUAUCAGGUGUCACUCAGCCUAGUGAUAUGCCCUUACAUUCUGCAUUUCCAUCAGAAAAAGUGAACAGCCUUGGAGAAAAACUUUCACCAAAAUCUGAUUUAUCUCCACUAACACCACGGGAAUCUUCUCCUCUAUACUCACCUGGUUUUUCAGAUUCACCUCCUGUGAUGAAAACAACUACUGCCGCUUGCCACUCACCUCCAUUAUCAUUGCACAUGUCCCCCGACAAAUCAUUUGGUUAUCAUACCUCAAUAGUUGAAGACCCUUUAACAAAACAUAGCCAAGAGCUCUUAGCCUUUACGGACCAGGAAGACAUUCAGGAAACAACCAGAUCGCCUGAAGCUCUUAAAUAUUCUUAUAAUGGAACUGGAAAAACUACCAGAUCACCUGAGGCUGUUAGUUAUUCCUAUGACAAAACAGAGCACACCACUGGAUCCCCUGAAGCUCUUGAUUAUUCCUAUGUUGCGACAGGGAAAACCACCAGAUCACCUGAGGCGGAUAGUUACUCCUAUGAAACAACAGAGAAAGUCACCAAGUCACCAGAAGCCUUUGAUUACUCCUAUGAAAAAUCCACCAGAUCAUCUGAGUCUGUCAGCUACUCUUAUGAGACCACUGGAAAAACACACAUAUCUCCUGAGGCAGUCAGCUUUUCUUAUGAGACCCCUGGGAAAACUAGCAAGUCAUCUGAGACUGUCAGUUACUCUUAUGAAGUGAGUGGGAAAGCUAUGAGAUCCCCGGACACUGCUAGCUACCACCAUGAGGCUGAUAAGUACUUUGUUUCAGAAAAACCAGAAACCCGUCAAGAUGUUGAUUUGUGCCUCGUUACAUCUUGCGAAUACAAGCAUCCCAAAACAGAACUUUCUCCCUCCUUUAUCAACCCUAACCCCUUGGAAUGGUUUGCUAGUGAAGAACAGUCUCAAGAGCAAGAGAAGCCGUUGACUCAGUCUGGAGGAGCACAGCCUCCUUCAGGGGGGAAACAGCAGGCACGCCUGUGUGGAGAAACUCCCCCAACCUCCGUCAGCGAAUCUGCCCCAUCACAGACGGAUUCAGACGUGCCGCCCGAAACAGAAGAGUGUCCUUCUAUUACAGCAGAUGCUAACAUUGACUCGGAAGAUGAAUCUGAAACUAUUCCAACAGAUAAAACCAUUACAUAUGAACACAUUGACCCUCCGCCAGUCCCCAUGCAAGAUCGCAGUCCAUCGCCUAGACACCCUGACGUCUCCAUGGUAGACCCAGAAGCCUUGCCUAUCGAUCAGAACUUAGGCAAACCAUUGAGGAAGGAUCUAAAAGAAAAGACAAAGACGAAAAAGCAGGGCACUAAGACCAAGUCUUCCUCUCCUUCCAAGAAGAGCGAUGGCAAAUCAAAACAGGUGGCUUCACCAAAGCCUGCUGGCUUGAAGGAUUCGCUGGAUAAAGUUUCCAGAACAGCUUCUCCAAAGAAGAAGGAGUCCGUGGAGAAAGCUGCCAAAAAUGUCUCUACUCCAGAGAUAAAAUCUUCCCGUAAUGAGGAGAAAGAUAAGGAGACAAAGAAUGCAGCCAACUCUACAACAUCGAAGUCGGCAAAGACCGCAACUGCAGGUAAGAAGAAAUGGCAAGGUUAAUUCCAAAGAGCAGGGGAGGGGGAGUCUCCAGCCCUUGGGCCAUACAUUGGGCAGCCAGCCCCGCCCAUCUGCCCCACACCUGACGUCAUGUGCAGGCAGACAUGUGGCUGCUAAGUGCAAAAUCAGGAGCCUCAAAGUGCACUCCUAAUUGUGUGCUUUCAAGCAGAAAGCAUGCUUUGGCUCUGCUUCUCAUCUGCUAAUGGCUCGUCUGUGCUAGCGCGAUCCCUGUGGGGAACUCUGACACAGUUGAUGGCUGCAGGCAGCAGACUUCAGCUCUUCUUCCCAUCAGCCACUGGUAAAGCCUCAGAUACUUCAAAGCAUGACACGGGGCUCUUUGCAAGCCCGGCAUCGUGCUUUGAAGCCUCAACUUCAGAACACCCAAUCAUUUGUUUUCACUGUGACUGACAGGUGGGCAGCCCCACCUGUCAAAUAUGGCCUUGCAAAGCUAGGAGCAGAGAAGGAUCUGGCCAGAAGGAUCUAGUCCUACCCUAGAUGCAGCACUUGUUUGCUUCAGCUACAGAUUCAACCUAUGUUGUGAAACGAUCAUCUAAAGAGAACGUAGCUAUGAUAGCGGGCCAGUUUGCACAUAAUGCUAAGGCAAACUAAGGCAAACUGCAAUCAUGAGGCAUCCUGGAGCAAAAAUCAUGGCUUUUUCCCUUCUCUCCCAGUCCUGCUGCUGCCAUGCUACCCAGAGCAUGGCAUGACUUGGCUUAGCAAUAUGUGUGAACAUAUGUGUUCAUGGUUUCAUCCACUCCGAACAAACUACAAGUUGUAGCCAAGAUUGGCUCUUUGCUUACCAUUCGUGACUUAUUUUGCAGAUACAUAGCAUGAGCUCAGAUUUGCAUGUAAUGCUAAGUGAAACCAUGGGCUGAUUUUGGGUAUUGAAGCAGCAGGGAAGAGCAAAGUGGCUGUUAUUUUACCUCUGGGCCCAGACAUGCUUGAUUGUUCACAGUUAUCUAUGGUUUGGCUUAAUUUUAAGUAUGAAUUCUGUUGCCUGUUUUUUGUACCUAUGCUUAUACAUUGGUUAUUAAAAACAAUCAUUUCACAUAUGCAACCAUAAACCUACAUAAGUUCCUGCUUUUGCUUUCCAUAAUUUUGAUGCCAUCCAUUGUACAGUUUAACAGUAUUUUGAUCAAACGUUAAUUAUUCAUGGAUAUUUGUUUAUCCAUUUGUUAUUGAAGAAUGACUGAGAAUAGAUCCAGAUUUGACAUGGCAGAAAUGCUUGCUAUGGAUAUUUUAUAUUAUUAUUAUUAUUACUUAUUUACUUACUGUGUAAUGCCAUAGAGUUUGGACAAUGUGCUGCUACAUUUAACAUCUGUGUAGGCUCCUAUGUCUGCAAAUUACACCCACCUCUGUGAAAAGGGAAUUAUAUUAUAGCCGCUUUUAUAUUCCCCUUUAUAGUAAAUGGGUAGGGGCAUAGCUUUUUUCCGAUUGUUUUAAUUCAGUCCUGAAUAACAGGUUGGACUGGGAAGACACACAGUGGCUCAAAAGCAGACAGGGCUGCUUCCCAAAAUAGUGAUAGAAGUUGAAUGUUGUUGUCAAUGCACAUACAGGUGUUUGAAGCUAAAGGUAUGUUACUCACACCUUAGGCAGUAAAAAUGCUGCUGCUAUGGUUUACAUUGUGCUAGUAAAAUCUGUUCCAGAAAGAAGGAAAGGCUUAGAUACCAUGUACAUUAUUGUUACUUUGGAAAGAAUAAGGGUCCAGUUAGCAGGUAAAAGGUUUCUGAGAAUGCCUUGACCUAUAACAUCCUUCAUUGUAGAAAUGAAACACUGUGUACAUUUUAGGCAGCCAAGCAACUGGCUACAAGAAAAGGUCCAGAGGUGCCCAUCAAAGAGUUUGGUAUUGUAUUGAUUGCUAGAAGAACUAUAGUGAAAAGUGAGGAAGGUGGAAUAUGUAUAAGAGCUAUUUCUUGUUUACAGAGUGAAGCCUAUGGGCAGAUCUUCCUGAAUUUUCAUGAAUGCCUUGAACAGUAGAAAUAGCAAAAAGAUGGGUGCAUGCAAGCAUACACAUAGAUGUAAUCCAUGUUCAUCAUGCACUCCCCUGGUGCCUUAGCUCAUAUUUUCUGAAAGAACUGUGAGCAUUAGAAGCUGCUAAUUGUCAGCCUUUUAAAAAACCAAACCAAACCAGAAUGGCUUUCCCAUUUUGCCUUUGGUAUCCUGCCUUUUUUGCAGAACUAGCACUGCAGUUAGCAUGUGCUAUUGCUUCUGUAUAUCCUAUCUCUAUUAGCCUUGUAUUACCAGUUUCUUUUUCAUGAAUGGAAGAAGUACAAUGGUAGCACAGUACUGUGGUAGCACAAUACCCAGCCAGUUCUAGCUUCAUUUUGCAUAUUCUCCUAUGCUGUAUUUGAUUAGCAUCCACUGUGAUACUGAAUCUCCUAGUAUUUCUACUUCUUUAUAUAGGAAGCCAUAUACUGAUUCCCAUUCCCCUUCUUGCUUAAUUUUUGGGGAGUGUUGUUGUGCAAUAGGAGCAUUAAACAACAACAAAGAUGAAUAACAUGAGAAAUUGCAUAAUGUUGAAUUGUGGCUGGUGAGAAUGAGUACUUGACCUCACAAACUUGGAAGGUGCUGAACGUAAACACAACCUACAUCUUUUGAACAAGUUGAGCAACUGAUCUCCUGAUUUCUUCCUGGCCCCUUUCCCAAAAGUUCUUUUUAGAAAAAUCUUACUUUCAGUUCUUAAACGCAGUUGCAUUGCUGCUCUUAUAUAUCUUGCAAGGUGCUACUGUUCUGCCAUGGUUUUGCUUAGAGCUCUCAUCCUAAUGGUCUGGGUCAACCUUUUCCUGGUUCCAACAUCUGAGUGACCUUUGAGCUGGCAUUUGGGACAGUAGUUCUUCCAACUUGAAAACUGUAUAGUAGAAGGACCUCCUUCAGGAAUUUCCCAAAAAUUUUGAUGUUCCUUAAAUUCUGUUGAAGAAUCCUAUUUUUUUGAAUGACAAUUUAAUAAUCACAGUUUCUGCAUGACAAUUCUUGAAUUAACCAAUCCUAUUACAUGAUACAAAGUACCUGAUGAUGAGGGUUUAAAACAAAACUAUAUAAGAACUGAUCAGGUAUAUUUUCCCCUCUUGUUCUCCUCACUAAGCAGUCUUUGAUUCUUUAACUGUCAUAUUUUAGCAAAUCUUUUAAGAGUCAGUAGUAUUCAUUGGGGAAUAUGUGUUCCACAGUCAAAGUGUGACAAGCUAGUUCUGUCCAACUUUAAAUUACAUGUUUUCUAAGGUCACAUUUUCUCAUCAAUAACUCAGACAAGACCCUUGUGUGUGUUUGUGUGCUUUUUUUAUUAAGGACCUGGAAAUGUAAAACAAACAAAAUCUAUAGCUGUGCCUCCAGGACCUCCUGUGUAUUUGGAUCUGGUCUAUAUUCCCAACCACAGCAACAGCAAGAAUGUCGAUGUAGAGUUUUUCAAGAGGGUGAGGUCAUCCUACUACGUGGUGAGUGGGAAUGAUCCUGCUGCUGAAGAACCGAGCAGGGCUGUCCUGGAUUCUCUGCUGGAGGGCAAGGCUCAGUGGGGAAGCAACAUGCAGGUAGGCUCUCCAGUAUUUGUGAAUUAAAAUCUGAAGAGAUAAAAAAGUGACAAGGAACUUUGAGAAAUCUCCUAAACCAAGAUGCUGAGAGGUGCCUCAUAUUUGAUAACAAGUUUCUUCAAGCUUUUUCUGGUCACAGUGACCAUCUUGCAUGCCAUGGUAAAACCAGAAUGCAUGGUUUAUCAUUACUAUAAAGAUCACUCCCAUGGAAAAACAAGCACGGACUUAGCAUUGUUUCUGAGUCAGGAAUCAUAGUUUAUUUCUCCCAAACAAACCAUGGUUGGCAAAACAAGAACAAACCUUGGCUUCACAUGGCAAUUCAAUUGGAGGAAAACAAAGCAGUCUUUAGUUGAGUUGUCAGGACUUCUGCUUUGCUGCUCCGACCCUGCUAGGAGAGGAUCAAGUUAGCAAUUGUCUGUGUGUUCACUGUAAAUCAAUAAUUAUGGUUUACCAUGGCAUGUGAAUACAGCCAGUGGGGAGGAAAGUGUUCUCAUAAGCUCACGAUUUAAAACAACAACUAGAGCUAUAUUGAAAAUUGUUUUUUCUCUUAAUCUUCCACAGUUUGUGUUAAUUACUAAUCAUACGUUUUAACUGACUAUUUGCAUAUUACCAAAACCUUACUGUAGGUGCCUUUUUCAGACUUUGAAUGAUGUUUAAGUGCAGAACUAGACGCAAUGUGGUAGUCCCAUGUCUUCAAAUGCAAGGCAUACCCAAUUUUGUGUGUCUACUAUAUAUUUUAAUGGUUUCAUGUUCUAUAUCCAAGAUUUUGAGUUUGGCUUAAGUACAUCUUUAAACAUUGUGCUCAAUGCUUGGAAACUGGUUUUCUGUGAGCCAUUUUGGGGUAACAUUUCAAUAACCCAACAGCAUGGUCAAGCUUUCUCAACUGGAUUAAUAGGCCUCUGCCAUGAGUGUGUCCUUCUAUAUUAUUUUAUUUUUAGUUCAUUUGCUGUUAUUUUCUGCUUUAACUAUUUUUACUGUGUUGUGUAGAUUGCCUCAAGACACACAUGCAGAAGGUAAUUAAUUAACAAUUAUAAUGGACCGAGGCCAGUUAUGGAGAAGCAGCUCUUCCGUGGAUGGGGCUAAAGAUGCCCUCAGCCAUACAAAAAUGUGAUAGUGUUGCACAUCAUGUGUUCAGUAUUUUGAAAAAUGUGGAUAUGUAGGACGUAGUGCCUAAAAUGUCAGAGGCUCCCAUUUCACAAUUGUAGAGGUUGAAGUUCUAUACUGUACCCCUAGUAGUCUCUGUCUUGUUUACAUAAGGACCAUAUGCCUUGAGAUAGAGUUUAGAUUUCUCAACAUCUCAAAAUCCACGUCUUCUGAUAAAUGUUUUUGUUGCACCUAGUUGCUACUGGUGUUAGCCACAGAAGUAUUCUUUCAAAAUGGGGGCCAGUAUUCUCAAGACUUGCUCACACAUUAAUACCGCCUUCUGUUUGAUCUUAAUGUGUCCUCUGUUCUCGUAUUCUUGUAUUGCAGGUGACCUUAAUCCCUACCCAUGAUUCGGAGGUGAUGAGGGAAUGGUAUCAAGAGACCCACGAGAAACAACAGGACCUUAACAUCAUGGUACUGGCGAGCAGCAGCACUGUUGUUAUGCAAGAUGAAUCUUUCCCUGCAUGCAAGAUUGAACUGUAGAAAAAGAAAAAGAAAAAAAGCAAUGCAUCACAACCUUAAACUUUGUUUCCAGACAUUCUUCAAUUUGAAAACACCUUUUCUAAUGUAACCCAUCUAAUUCAGCUGCCGAACUAUAUAUAUAUAUACCUGCCAAAUGCUAUACUGUAUCACAGUGAUGCAAGUCACUAAUCUUUUUUUUCCAGUCUUUUGCUGAUUGCUAAGGGAAAUAACAGUAUUCCCACCAUAGGGUUCAAAUUACUGCAAAACCUGCAGAUUCUGGUUCAUCUCCGCUGAACAGCUGGAAACCAUGCACUAGCAAACACUGCUGACUUCUGCCAGGUAUGGGGGCGUUUGCCCUUGAGAGAAAGACAGGGAGAGAAAGCGAGAGAGAGGAGUAGAGGAGAAUAAAAUCAUUAGUUUUGCAUUACUCUCAAAGCAAUCAAUAUAUUGCUUCCUGCAGUCUGCCAUCACAUAAAAAAGAAAGAUGUAGGUUUGCAUUAGUCUGAAUUACUGCAAGAGCGGGCGUUUUUAAUUUAGUGACAAAAUUAGCUAGAAAAUUACGUGAAACCGAAUGUGGCUUUGAAGGGACGUAAGAUACAAAACACUCACUUGCUGUUGGCAACUUCACUUUGAACAUGUCAUAUUCGCGUCACAGAACUCUCCUAGGCAAUAUAUGCAAGUAGUUUGAACCCCAUUCGGUUUAACAUGCAAACAUGUUGGUCUAAGGCAUGCUCCCAGUGAAAAAUACAUCUAGUCUACUCUUAAAUUCGACAAACUUGCAUGCUGAAACACCCAAGUCACACUCAAGUUUACUGAAGCAACAUACCAAAGCAGUUGGGAGUACCUAUGGUAGACAAUUUGCCUUAGAAUGUGACUUGAAUGUACAAAGAUACUUGAUGCACUUAUUUUUUAAAUGCAAGAUAGCAAGUUUAUAAAACAUCUGUGUAGGAUUAUAGUUACACCAGUACAGAAGUAUGCGUGUGCAUGUGUGCUACUGGAAACCUCUCUGAUUGGUCAAACAGCUUGGUGCUAUGAAUUAUGCAUGUAAGUUGAGCACUUCAUUUGUGCACCUGAACAGCAAGCCUUUUAUUUUAUUUUUUUGAAAGUCUGCUUUUUCUCCUCCUCCCCCUUUUCCCUUGUGAAAGAAAGGGUGCCCGGUACCAGAAAUUAACACAUAGAGAAUGUUGCAAAAGGUUCUCUGCACUCUGUACAGUCUUUUGGAGCCUUGUCUCACCUUAUUUUGACAGUUAAUUUAAGAGUGAAUAUGGGAACAAAUGUACAGAUUUGAUUUUUUUUUUUAGCUAGGUGCGAACUUUUAAUAGAUGAAUUUUUAAACAGAAGUUUUGUUUACAGGAAAAUUGCAAAGAAAAAAAAAUCAGGUGAAGGGAUUUUUUUUUUUAAGUAGUUUUGUAAGACAAGUGCGUAAUGUUAUUUUGAGGUUCUGGUGAGAAUGAAGUACUGUAUUUAUUUAACAUAACUGCCGAUAAUAAUUUUGCAGGCAGCACACUAAAAAAUGCUAUUAUGUGUCAGUGAUUAAAGAACCCAAGAACUAAAAUGCAGGCUGGCUUCCUUUUAGCCAGGAGACUGCCUAGGUUCUGGGCUGGCCCAAGGGCACAAGCAACCCAACACUUGCUUGUGGCAAUGUUUUUUUGGAGGCGGGAUGUAUCAACGAAAGCAGCUUUUGAUUGGCAGUUGCACCGUGGCAUUCUUUGGGGUUCUGCUGCAAUGCACUUCUCCACCUGUUCAGGGCUACUAGUUGGGGCAGCAGAAGAACUGGCUCUACCUACUGUAGGUUUUCCUUUCUCCUGGUACCUGUCUUAAAAUUAGCUCAAGCAAGUUCGUGCUCCCCGUAUUUACAGAUCCCUUCCAAAAGAAAAACUAGGAUUGUGUGAAUGUUGCAAUUCUGUGAAGGGUGCAGAAAAGCUGAUUACAGAAUUCAGCUUUCUGAGAAUUUCAGCGCUCUUCCUCUCUUUUUAACCCUUAUGGUUACAGGGAGGACUCAGAGGAGUGGCUGGCGGGAAUCUCAGUACCCUGUGGAGCCUUUUGCAUUUUCCCAAGAUUAGCAGUCAUAAAAUUAAUUAUGCAACAUAAGAGAAGUCAUGCAAAUGUGCAUAAUUUAUGCAUCUUGCAGAAUUAAGCUUCAGUUGUCACAGAAUUUGUGUUACCUUGGGGCAGAAGUUUUGAUUUUUUUAAAAAGCCAACUAUCACGCACAGCUUGAGGGAAGGCUACUCAUUAUUAAGGCAGUUGUCAAACGGUUAGGGCAUCACAGAACCUGUGGUAGUACCUGAAGCUUCAUGGAAAUCUUACUGGUGCUGGUAGAAUAUCUUGAGGACUGGGUCGCAGUUAUCACUGCAUAUAACAAUAUCCAUUACGCUUUAUUUUGUGGUUUUGUAAGGAAUUUAUAUGACCGCCGUAAUAGGAAUUUGCUUUGUUCUGUGCCAAUUGUUUUUUUGCCGAAGGCUUUGAUUCCCUAAAUAGUGGAUUUUAUAUCGUUUUAUUUUCUAUUAUAAUUUAUUUCAAUGGUUAACAUUGUUUAUUUUUAUUUUAUAGAUGUGUAUUUGCACUGCUAAUUUUUAAAAAUUAUUUUUCAUACUACUACUACCCCCCAUUUAAUUUGGGCUGUGUUAGCCCAGUUAAUGCUGUGAAAUAUUGUUUGUUAAAUGUUUUGUGCAUUUUUUUUUAAAAAAAGUUCUAAUAUUUUAUUUUUGUUUGACUUUUGUAGCGAUGCUACUUUAUUUAUUCUUUCACCCAGGUCAUUCAAAAGCUUGUGUUCUUGUGGUCUCUUUGCUUUUAUUGGAAUAAUGUACAUGGAAGCAACUAGUAGUAGUUUGGGACUCGCGUCCUUAAAAAUUCCAUAUGAUUGUGGUACGAAAGACAAAGGGAAAUGUACUGUGGAAAGAGGCAGAAUUUCUAAGUUAAGUGUAUGUACAAUGCUUCUUUCCUAAUGUGAACAGCUCAAACCUAAAGAGGAAGUUGCACCACAGCACAGAGUGGUUUGUACCAGUAUAGUUAAAACAGAAUCCUGAAGUGGGGGAAGUUAGUUCUGCUACCUGUAAUUUGAAACUGCUGGCAUCAUGAAGCUGAAAUGCUACAUAGCUGAUGAGCCCUGGGUACUCCUGCCUGCCCCUUUUGCAGCUCAACACUAGCUUUUCGUAGCCCAGCUACACAGCAUCUCUGAUGUGGUGCAUCUUGGGCAGUGCCCUCGUCCACACUGGAUGAGUUAGCACAAUACCAUCAACAGCACAUUAAGUGUGCCGAUGCGCUGGCCACAGCUGUUACUGCACCACAUCCUGAGCUUGCCUUGUUAGCAAAGGGUCAAGGAGGAUUGGCCUUUUACAGUCUUAAUCCCGUUAUGGAUCGAGCAGCAAGUCUUGCUGAGUGCAGUGGGGCUUAUUCCCAAGUAGGUCUCCAGGGGUCUUCAGCUUUGGUUCUACCAAGUUACUAACACAAUAUUCCAUUUAUCAAUGAACUGUGCAGAAAUGAUUUGUUUUGUGACCUGCCCCCCACUUUAUAUGUAAGCAGAAAUUAAAUCAUUUUUAGUGGGAGUAUAUUUUAUAAACAUAUUGCAAAUAAAUAAACAGAAGAAUGCCGUUAACAGCAAGCGAGUAUGUGAAAGUAGCCACUUGGCCUGUUUCCAAACAAGCUGCUUCUUUUAAUUAAAAAAUGAAGACUUUCUUUUAGUUCAGCCCUAAAUAGCAAUAUUAAAUGAAUAUGUACAAAAGAGAAGCUGCCAUCUUCACAAAAGAGAAGUGGCAGUCUUUCUAGUCAUAUGCACACCAGCAGUCCCAUAGAUUAGUUGAAAUCAGCAUAGCAGUGCAGUCCUAUGUAUGCCUAACUCAGAAGUAAUCCCCACUCAGUUCAAGGGGGGCUUAUUCCCACAUAGGUGCAUGUAGGAUUGCAGCCUCAAUGGGGUUCAAAUCCGGCCUUAACAUUCCUUCACUCUAAGAACAUCCUCAAUCGUUCUCAUACAUAUUUUGUUGUAGGAACAAAAAUUUAAUCAGGUAUUUACGUUGGGUGCACUACUUCUUCUUUUUAAUGCCUCAGAAAUGUUUGAUAGCCCCAUUCAGCUCUUGGAUAUCAGCAAACAUUUUCCUGUAUAUAAAAAAAUGAUGCUCUGUAUGGCUUCAUCUCAAAGAUCUCAGUUGCGCAGAAGCCAUGUCCCUGAUCAACCUGCACACAGAAACAUGCGCCCAGGUCUGCAACCCAAUGUGCUUCUUGAGAACUGGCUCUUAGGGGUGUGAGAACCCUCAGGAACAUCUUUUCAAGGAUACAGGGCGAUGGAAAGUGUAUGAGAUGGAUACCCAUCCCCCCCCACCAUGAAGGGGAGUGCCUUCCUCUUGUGCAACAAUUUAUUGGAUAGCCUGAGCUAUCCGUUUCAGGAUUCUGAAUAAGAUUGCAAAAGUGGGGUAUAAAUUUUCUAAACAAAUCUGCUUUUUACGCACACACAAGUUUUCAAUGGCAGCCAAUUUUGGCGGUGUUGUUUUUUUAUUAAAAAGAAAAACUCCUCUUGACCAAAUUAAUGCCUUUCUUGCCCGUGCAACUAACCUGAUUGUGUUAGUUACAGCCAUACACAAUUAGCUUAUUGACAGUCAACCAGGAAAUGCCAUGGAUACUGAUUCUGAGCUCUGCUGCUCAGCACAGAUUACUAGAAGCAUGGUUCAAUAUUGAUUAGCCUAAUUUUAAUGUGUCAAUAUUUGAGUGCUGAUAGCACUCUAGAAAAUGAUGGUAUUGCCCAUUGGUAACAUUCCCCUAAUCGUAGCCUUUAUGAUAGUACUAUUCCAUUGAAUGAAAUUCAGUGACUGUUUAGGCGAGAUCACAGUCCAUUUCCCAACUUGACAGUGCAGUCCUAUACAUGUCUACCCAGAAGUUAAUCCCCAGAGUUUGGUGGGAUUUACUCCUAGGUAAUUGUGCAUAAGAUUGUAGCCUAAAAUGGAUCUUCUUUUGCAUGCCUUUUCAUCUUCAUAUGGUGGGUCUGGUUACAACAAUUCCUACCUUUUUGAUUCCAUUCCCAUUCUUCGUCUCUUUGAGUUAUUUUUAACUUCUCAUACUGUGGUGAAUGGAUCCAAAUGUGUAUAUGAAUGUAUUUAGCUGUCUUCAAUAGCUUAAGCAGUUUAGGAACCUAAAAACACUGAACUGAGAAAAUAAAUUUGCUGGGGAAAAUUCCAAGUCUCCCUGCCCCAACGCUUCCUGCUCCAAGGAGACGCUCUGCAUUAUAAAUUUUAUGUCCUAGGCCUCUUCUUUGUCCAUAUGUAACCAGAAGUUCUUGCUCAGAGGAAAAUAGUAGUUUUUGUGGUCUGGCAUUAUUAAGCAAUGGGGGGGGGAAUGCAAUCUUUACACUUACAGAACAAAAAGAGAGUUUCUGUAAGUGAUAAUAUUCUCACUGAAUAGUUGACAAACCACCCCAAAAACAAAACAACAAAAAACCAGUCCAGGAACAAGCAGUUUUUCAAAAUGCAUUUGCAAAUUGCAUUAUUUGCCUUGUUAAAGAUGCUUGCUAUUUUAAAAGAAGAAAGUUCGCUGUGAUUAUAACAAAAUAAAGCAAGAAAAAUGCAGCAUCUAAACCUUGAACAUUUAUGGGGGGGAGGGAAUGCUUCUCUGCACUGAAUUAGCUUUAGGAGCCUCCAUUCUAUUCAUACAAGACUGGGCUGUACUCACAUUGGUAAAAGCGCAAUUCUGAAGUUCCAGGAUGCUUUCACAUGUUUGCAUGCAGCCAUUUAUUCUUCCAAACCAUGGCGAGAAAGUCUUGUUGCUGGCUGAGAAGCUCCUCACACACUCCUCUCUCUCUUGUUCCGAAUGGUCUUGUUUGUGUCGGUCUGCAGCUGUGUAUGGUUUUAUGUCUUAUAAUCCUUCAUCACCUCUAUUCUAUCCAGUCAUAUCUAAUGUAGAAAAUUAGUUUCCAGUGAAAGUAAUAUGUAGUGCUUUUAUGAUAUUUGUGUGCAAUAUCCCCUCUUCUGUUGAGGAUAUUUGAUGUAAAGGAAACAAGCUCAGUUCCACAAUAAAAUACAAAAAUAGUUAUAA